CUCCGCUCUUUACCAAUUAAGGCUUGCUGAGCCGCCCGCCCGCCCGCCCGCCCGCCCGGUGUCCUCCCCGCCGCCGCCCGCCGCCCGGCCAUUCCGAGCCCAGCUCCGGCCCGAGACGCACGCACCGCCCCGUCCCGUCCCAGGCAGGCAGGAGCACCAGCCCGAGCCCUGCCCGCCCGCCCGCCCGCCGGUCCGGAGAGGUGAGAUGGGCCAGAGGGAGCGGGCGCCGCCGGGGCUGGGCGGGCGGGGGAACGAAGAAGGCGCCGGGAAGGAGGAAGACGGAAGGUGGACCGGGCGGGGAAAGGGAGGGAAGUCAGGCUGGGGAUGCAGGAGGGAGGCCGGGAAGCGCAGCGAGGAAGGAGACGUCGGCGGGAUGCCUAAGCUGAGAAGAGCCGAGGCGGGGAGCCAGGAGGACACGCGGCGGAGGGACCCGCGUGCACGGCACGUCGGGAUGCGGGAGCUGCGCGGAAGAGGGAGCAGGGGAGCGGGAGCGUCCGGAGAAGAAAGGGGUCCGCUGCUGAGCAGAAGAGCGGAAGGCGAGCGGGGUCUCGGGUCUUCCUCCCCUCGCAGCGCCCCCUCCUGGGCCCGGGUCCCACCCUCCAUCGCCCCCUGGGUGGGCAACAGGGGGCCUCUUCGCGUGACCGAGAGGGAGAUGUGGAGGGCAAGGUCCUGGGGGGACCAGCGGCACGGAACCUCCCCACUCCCCUUCCAGUAGAACCAUUUGCUCCGCUGGUUCCUGGGCAUCAUCCGGCCAGGGGCAAGAGAUCUGUGCAUCGCGCAUCAGGUACAAGAGACACGUGAUAAGUGGCCACCCGCGUGAACUCCUGCUCAGCGCAGAAGCGCGGUAACCCGCCCAUUCCGCCGCACCUCCCCUCCCAGCUCGGCCGGGCGAUGGACGCAGUCGCUUUAUUCAGGUGACUUUACCUGCACGCCCUGGUUAAACCCAACAGCCUUUUCAGUUCAACUUGCUGCCAGCCUGGGUUGCAUCUGUGUAGGUUUCGGUAGGCGGGCUGGGAGGACGAGUCUGGAGCUUGUGAGCCUGUGGUUCUUGCAGAAAAGCCGGAGCCACCAAAAUCCUUUUGCCUUUGAUUAGUAGAUCAGAAGAUAACUAGCAUCGGGGAAGGUCGGGAAGUCUCUUAGUAAGCAGGAAUUCGAAAUAGACCCGCGCAGGUUCCGUGCGCCACCCUUAAAGUGCCCCCCUAAAUAACAUGGGGCACAGUCAUGGCAUUGCAUAUUACUCGGUUCUGCGCCCCUAACAUGAAUCCUGCCCCUCCUAAAAUAAAUCCUGACUACGCCAUGGGCACAGUCUUCUCGGAAGCCCUGCAAACUGUCGAAACGGUGGCUCCCCUGCCUAUUUUAGUGAGGCGGUGGCAGGAGAAUUUCCCCGCGGAUUUUGUCCUCCGCGGGUGGGAACUUUGCUGGCUCUCACUCUGCUGUCCUUAAGGGGACCACCCCCCAAAUCCACCUUAGGGGGCUGCAGUCAUCGUUUCACAGUGAGGCUGCUUCUCAGGGAGAAGAAGCGCCACCUCUUAGCACCUCUUUAACCACAUCUGAUUCGGAAUACAAAAGUGUGCCAUCUGGUCUAAGCAAUUUCUGGGUGUGUGCCUUCGUGGCUGAUGGUGCUGCAAAAUGCAGAAGUUUCUGGUCACUUUUUUCCUGUGUGAUGGGGAAUGUGCAAUUAUGGGCUCGUGAUUGUGCCCCAGGUUGGUUUCUGACACCACUGAGUGUGAGCCACAACUGGGUGUGGCCGGUGAGAACAAGGGAGAAGAAUACACAUUAGAGCAAAUUAGCUACCCCUGAGCAUCAUUUUAAACAUCUUGUCAUCUUCACAAUCCUGGAAGCUGUAUUACGUUGCAUUACAUUGUUUGGAAUUGUAAUGUAAUGUAAUACAUUGUACAGUAUUGUAUUAUUUAUCCUUUACCUAGCAUGUUCAUGGUGGUGCACAUGGUGUUAUCCCAUCCUGUCCUCGUACCAACCCUGCAAAGCAGACUAAUCUGAAAUGCAGAAGCUCAUAGCUACCCCGUGAGCUCUCUGGCUCAGUGGGGAUUGGAACCCAAAUUGUUGAGCUCGAAGGCUAACACGCUCCACCACACUGGCAAACGUGAAAAUUGUUUUUCCCACCAACAAUUUUAAUGCAUAUUUUAUUUAACUUAUUGAAUUUCUACACCACCCUCCAUCCAAGUAUCACAGGGUGGUUUGCAGUAUCAAAGCACAAAAAUACAUAACAUGGUAACAAACAAAAACAAUAACCUCCAUACAUAGUUUAAAUGUUAUUAUAAUUAAAUAUAUUAUUUCAGGAGUCAAGUGGAAAUUCUAAUGGCCAUUAGUGACUGUAAGCAUUUAAUUGGGAGAAGGUGAUAUUUAUUCUGGAUGAAUUAACAAAAAGUCUAAGGGUGUGAUUUUGUGCCUAUCGUAUGAAUGCAGCCUCACUUAAUCCUUGUUCACCACCCAUGUGUCAAUACAAUUGUGGUAAUUAAAGAGUACAGCCCCCACCCCUAGCUCUCAGUGCAUACUCACAUGUGCAUGCUCAAGAUAAUGUAAGGCAAAAACCAGCAUGACCUUAUGCCGUUUAUGCAGAAAUAAAUCCCAAUUUAUUCUAUUAGGAUUACUCCGGGGCAUACCAUAGGAUAACAGCCUUACAGUAACCAUGUCUACUUGGAAUUAAAACCUUCUCUAUUCAUUGGGAUUUACUCCCAGGUAAAUGGGAUUAGGAUUGCAGUCAAGCAGUCUGCAAUCCUAUAUUAAUUUACAUGGAAAUAAGCCCCAUUAAACUUGUCUGAUGAUUAGACAAGUAUAGGAUUGCAUUAUUAGAAGUCCCUGAAAAGUCAUUAACUAUUCCUAUAUGUUCACAAUUAAAGAGAGGACUUUCCUCCUUCUUAAAAUGCACAAUUAAGGGUAGAAGCCACAUUACAAAUCAUGGCUAUGCAACCUGGAGGGGGUGAUAUAAUCUCAGACAAUUAAUCCAUAAAACAGCCAUUGGACACCUGGGGCCCUCCAGAUGUCUUGAACUACAACUCCCUUCGGCUCCAGGUAGCAGGGCUGAUGGAAAUUGCAGUCCAAAGCAACUGGAGGACACCAGGUGAGUGAAGGCUGGCAUAAAAGCUUUUGUGAGCCAGUCAAGGGGUUCCGAUGUGCUUUAGAAUUGUGAAUAUAGUACAAGUAUUGUUAUUGCAGAUUACCCUGGAAAGAAUGAGUAUUCCAAAAGUAUAUUGCAUCAGAAAGAAGGGGUGAGGUUGGGCUGGUGGAAUAAUAUAGGCAGGGUGGGGGGUGGGUAUGGGCACAAGGGAUGAGAAUGUAAAAACCUAGGACUCUGUUCUAGACCAAGUGGCCCAUCCUUCCUAUGCCAAUCCCAAAUGCUAUAAGGAUGUCCCUAAGAUCCCUUUUAGGGAUGCAGGUGAUGCUGUGGGUUAAACCACAGAGCCUAGGGCUUGCCAAUCAGAAGGUUGGCGAUUUGAAUGCCCGCAACAGGGUGAGCUCCCGUUGCCCGGUCCCUGCUCCUGCCAACCUAGCAGUUCGAAAGCACGUCAAAGUACAAGUAGAUAAAUAGGUACCACUCCAGCGGGAAGGUAAACAGCAUUUCUGUGCACUGCUCUGAUUUGCCAGAAGCUUAGUCAUGCUGGCCACAUGACCAGGAAGCUGUCUGUGGACAAACACUGGCUCCCUCACCCUAUAGAGCGAGAUGAGUGUCACAACCCCAGAGUCGUCUGUGACUGGACCUAACGGUCAGGGGUCCCUUUACCUUUAAGAUCCCUUCUAGGACGUGUAAUGUGUUCUGAAUUAUGCUGCCCUAGGAAUGUCCUGGGAAUGAGGAAGGAUGAAAAGAUAUGUCCUCAAUGCCUGUUUGCUUUGUGACAUGUUAAAGCAUCGCUGAAUACAUUAAAAAAAUAAGAAAAAGGAAGACCCUGCAUGUCUUUUGGCAACUACAGUCCCACUUGCACAGAAUCCCUGGUGAUGUCCUCAAGGUGCAUUGCCACAGCUUAGAAGCCUUCCUGUCCCAUAGCUCCAUCUGUGUGUAUGGAGAAGAGAGAGGGGCAGAGAGGAAGAGCCACUGUGUCUUGGUUAGUAUGUCAAGCGAGGGCCAAGGAGCCCCACGUUCAAUGUCUCACUCAGCUUACUAGAUGACCCACUGCCUCUUAGCUUAUCCUACCACACAGGGUUGUUGUGAGGGUAAAAAGAAAGGGGAAGCCGUGUAGGCCACCCUAAGGAAAGUGCAAACAAAAAGGUACUAAUAUGGAAGUUGGGGGCUGCCAAAAUCUCUUGGAGAAGUACUAGAACAUGGAGGGCUACCCCUUACUUUUUUGCAUGCCUGAGGCAGAAAGUCCACACACCCUACCCUGACUCCCACUAUUAACACAGGGCACAAUCCAUAAGGGCCUAAGAAGACCCUGGCUGCUGGAUCAAGCCAACGGCCCUUCUAGGCCCAAAUCCUGUUUCUGAAGAGGCCAACCAGAUGCCUCUGGGAACGGCCACAAACAUCCUCCCGGAGGUUAUAUUGCUUGAGCCUCACCAAAUGAACAGGAGCAGACCAGGAGUGUGGUUUGCUUUGCUGUCCUUCACGGCAUCCCAAACCUACUGCCUCACUUGGCCUCACUCUGGGGGCUGCCCCUCUGGCAGAGAGAGCCUGAGGCAUUUUGGUGCCUGAGGGCAGGAAAGCCAAACAGAACUCACCAGGAAAUGCAAGCAGAAGAACAGCCGCUGACAUGUAGCUGCUGUUUAAUGGACUGUCCCCCUCCACAAACCACCUAAGGCAGCUGCCUCAGAUUACCUCAUGACGGGCCCACUUUUCCUGCCAUGCUGCUCUAGGCUGAACUGGCUGAGUGGAAGGCGGCUCUUGCUGUGUGCUAAGCUGAGCCUGCGCCCACUUUUGGCAUGCCAUCACAACUGCUCAGAAAGCUGGCCGAGCCCAUGGUGGCUGGGUGACAGGUGGGAAAUGGCCAGCUUUUACACAGGCAGCCCAGAGCUUGCAGCCGUGUGGGAGAAAGUCUGUGCUGGAGGCACUAAAAGAAGCAUGGCCGUCAUGGCCAUCAGCGUUGUGUGAAUGGGCUUUUGGUCUCACCUGUGUCAGGAAAAACGAGCAAACAGGUGGGACAUCCCCAACCUUUUAUUGCCAUGCAGUGUAGUGGUUAGAGUGUCAGACCUAGAAGACCAGGACUCAAAACAUGCACACUCCCAAUCAGCCCUGAAGCUCAUCGGGUGACUUUGAGCCAGUCCCUGCCUCUCAGCCUUGUAGGGUUGUGGUGGUGAUAAAACAGGGAGGGGAAGAGCCAGGGACACCACCUUAAGCUUAUCGGAGGAAAGAUGGGAUAGGAAGACAAUAAAUAUUCCCACUGCUGCAUCCUUCAUUUAGCCCAGAACUCCCCUCAACUACACUGCUUCACACACAAUUGGGGUUGUUAAAUAUUUGGGGUGGGGGGGUGACAGGGACAGACCGUCGCUUUCUCGCCCUUUCAAAGCGUGUUCAUGAGGAAAGUGGGGAUUCCUAAGCCUGGUGAGGAGAGCAGAAUAGGGGUGGGGUGGGGGUGGGAUGACUCUUAUUCCAGAUUAGGUCAUGCAGUGUAAAAGGAGUUGUUGUUUCUUCAAACACCAGCUCCAAGAACUCGGCCCACCACCUUUGCUUCAGUCUUAAUUUCUUACAGCUUGGGCUUCCCCUUGCUCUGCUACACACCCGCACCCCCCACCCCCAGUGCUCCUUCCUCAGCUGACUGACACCCUUCUGCCCUGAUUCGCAGCCCACUGCAAUAUCCCUUUCCCCCAGGGCCCUGGGGAGGGUCUGGCUGGUUAUUUUAAAAACCCAAAGAAAUGAAACUCUCCAAAUAAGGGGAAAAUAUGAAGCCAGGUCCCUAGGCUGGGAGUUCUUCUGUGUUGCUUGGAGGAGGAGGAGCAGUGGGGGGAAGAGGAGGGAGGGGAGGGGGGAGCUGGGAAGGGAGUCAAGAGGGCCACCUAUUGAUAGAACCUCGGAACUGCAUGCAUCUCUUUUACUAAGCACCCCCACCCCACCCUGCCAAGCCUUUUCCAUAGAGCAGGGGUCAGCAAACCUUUUCAGCAGGAGGCCAGUCCACUGUCCCUCAGACCUUGUGGGGGGCCAGACUAUAUUUUGAAGGGGGGGAAUAUGAACAAAUUCCUGUGCCCCACAAAUAACCCAGAGAUGCAUUUUAAAUAAAAGCACACAUUCUACUCAUGUAAAAAUACACUGAUUCCCGGACUGUCCGCAGGCCAGAUUGAGAAGGCGAUUGGGCCGGAUCCGGCCAACGGGCCUUAGCUUGCCUACCCAUGCCAUAGAGGGACUUACCUGCUCAGUGGAUUGCCAUAAGGUGGAAGGGAGAUGAAAGGCAUUGCUUAAAGUUUAUUUUCUGCACCACAAGGAAAAUGAUUUCUCAAAAUGAGUGCUCACCAAGGAAGCUUUAUAAAUCAGGACUGAUGAGUAGUGGCUGCUUGGGUGGGGUAGGACCCAUAAUAUACUUUACAGAAGUGUCUUUGGUUCCUCUUCUUGCUGGUGUGUGUGUGUGUGUGUGUGUGUGUGUGUGUGUGUGUGUGUUUGCCCAGCUUGUAUUUACAUGAGUGCCUUGGAAGCUCAAUGAGCUCUUGAAACAAUGUAGCCAAGUCUCUUCCAUGAUUGGCCAAGAACAAUGCAUUAAGAAUUAGCAUCCUGUACCAAAUCUGGAUGUCCUAUGGUCAUCUCAGUUUCACAAGCAACCCAAUCUCUUGCACUACUUUUAAGGGUUCCAAAGAGGCGGUGUGCGUGAUCCAAGAGGGCACAAAGACACACACACACACCCCUUGCAAUGUUGUGGCGGGUGCUAGAGCUCAACCCAUGAAACCUGUGCAGAUACCGUCAAGGGGUGAGCCCAUUGGCAUAGCCAAGGGGGGACAAGGGGCAGUCCCCCCCCCCAGAUCCACAAAAUUAUUGAGAAGCAUUGAAAAUAAUAAUAAUAAUAAUAAUAAUAAUAAUAAUAAUAAAUUUUAUUUAUAUCCCGCCCUCCCCAGCCGAAGCCGGGCUCAGGGCGGCUAACAACAAUAAAACAGUACAAAAGUACAGCACAAACAACACUCUAAAAUCAUUCAUUAUAAAAUUAAUUAAUUCAAGCCACUGGCAACCAUUGGGCCAGAGCUCCGCGAAGAUUGCUGAGGGAGGGAGUCAGGCUGUGCCCUGGCCAAAGGCCUGGUGGAACAGCUCUGUCUUGCAGGCCCUGCGGAAAGAUGUCAAGUCCCGCAGGGCCCUGGUCUCUUGUGACAGAGUGUUCCACCAGAUCGGAGCCACGGCCGAAAAGCCCUGGCUCUAGUUGAGGCCAGCCUAACUUCUCUAUGGCCUGGGACCUUCAAGAUGUUUUUAUUUGAAGACCGUAAGUUUCUCUGUGGGGCAUACCAGGAGAGGCGGUCCCGUAGGUACGAGGGUCCUAGGCCGUAUAGGGCUUUAAAGGUUAAAACCAGCACCUUAAACCUGAUCCUGUACUCCACCGGGAGCCAGUGCAGCUGGUAUAGCACCGGGUGAAUGUGAUCUUGCAGCGAAGACCCCGUAAGGAGUCUCGCUGCAGCAUUCUGCACCCGCUGGAGUUUCUGGGUCAGUCUCAAGGGCAGCCCCACGUAGAGCGAGUUACAAUAAUCCAGUCUGGAGGUGACCGUCGCGUGGAUCACAGUGGCUAGGUCAGGGCGAGAGAGGUAAGGAGCCAACUGCUUAGCUUGGCGGAGAUGGAAAAAUGCCGCCUUUGUUGUAGCUGCAAUCUGCGCCUCCAUGGAAAGGGAGGUGUCGAAGAUUACACCCAAACUCUUAACGGACGGUGCUGGCGCUAAUUGCGCCCCGCAAGAGAUGGGAGUUGCCCCCCCCAAUCCCAUAUCGUCCCGUCCCAGCCACAGGACCUCUGUCUUCGAAGGAUUUAGCUUCAACCGGCUCCCGCGUAACCAUCCAGCCACAGCUUCCAAACAUCUGGUCAGUGUGUCUGGGGCCGAGUCAGGAUGGCCAUCCAUCAACAGAUAGAGUUGGGUGUCAUCGGCAUACUGAUGGCAACCCAGCCCAAAACUCCGGACAAGCUGGGCGAGGGGGCGCAUAAAGAUGUUGAAAAGCAUCGGGGAGUGUAUCGCACCCUGAGGUACUCCACACACCAAGGAGUGGCACGAUGACAAUUCCCCCCCAAGCGCCACCCUCUGUCCCUGACCAGAGAGAAACGAGUGCAGCCAUUGAAGGACUGUGCCCUGGAUCCCCACGUCGGCAAGGCGGUGGUCCAGAAGUUCGUGAUCGACCAUGUCGAAGGCUGCUGACAGAUCUAGAAGAAUCAGCAGCCCCGACCCACCUCGAUCCAGCUGUCUACGAAGAUCAUCUGUUAGGGCAACCAGAGCCGUCUCGGUCCCAUGACCAGCGCGGAAGCCGGACUGGAAUGGAUCCAGAGCCGAGUACUGUGUUAACUGAGUUUCUGCCCCACCUAGCAAUGCUAGCAAUUUUUAGGAGAUUGCCCCCUGUAAUGCUUUCUCUUUGGGGGUAUAUUUACGCAUGAUUUUCCAAAGAAAGCUCAACAACUGGGGGGGCAAUCUCCUAAAAAAUGUUCAACAGCUUUGGCUCCCCCUCCCCUCCCAAAAUCCUGGCUACGCCCAUGGCUGAGCCUGAGCGUUAUCUCUGUGGCUGGAGUGCAUCUCUCAGAUUGCGCGGGGCAGCAAGAUGCCCCCUGGCUGGCCAUAGGUGGCUGCUGAACCACAGUCUGGAGCUGCCUUCCCUUGGAGGUAGGCCAGAGCCCUAGCAUGAGCAUAUUUCAGGGUCCAGUUACGUGAACCCUUUGGCACCAGUUGCCAGUGGGAAAAGCCUCGUUUGUGUUGAUUCCUAAAUACAUCACUCAGCAAACAAACUGCCGGUCAUCAUCUGUAAGCAUGUUAAAGAAUCAAAUUUCCCUUUUUGAACAUCUGUGAUGGCACACCAGGUGUUGAGUGUGCUCACAACGACUGCAGAAGCCUGAGCUUAGGUGGGUGGGACUGCAGACUUAAUGGUGAAUUUGGGGUGCUAUUAUGGGGCUGGGGAGGGUGUGGAAGACACACAGCAAACUGCACACAGGUACCCCUGUUCACUUCAGUGGGGGCUGAUGUAGGGAAGCUUUCUGGAGGACUGUGCCUCAUGUUGAUUGGUAGGAUGGGGAGCUAGAAGCAUUGUCAUGUGGCCCACUGACUGGCCUGUAAGAAGCCAAUGGUGACUAAAGGCCAACUUGGACAAAAUGUUUCCUGUUGCUACCAAGUUCUGAGAGUGUUUGGUGAAUGGAUGUUUCUGUUCAUAUCUACUUACCUCCCGAUCUGUUCUUCACUAACAUAUUCUUACUUGCUCUGGGACUCCAGGAUAAAACAGGAUUUCAGGAAUUUAAGAUUUUAUUUCCUUAUGAAAGCCAGGUCCCAAGACCCCCCAAAAAUGAACUGUAGAUUUGGAGGAGGGAUUUGUACUGGAGAAGGAGCUGGGCUAUGUAGAUAAGCACAGUCUUGAUUCUCAAAGGCUUCUAUGGGACCUCAGUGGGACCAAGUAAAUAGGUGGCAAUAUGGGACAUAGGUGAGAAGGGAACUCACCUGCCUCAGGUGACUUAUUGAGGGUGUGGGUAGGAGGGAGCAGGUUUAGCCUCUGUCGCAGUGGCAUCCCUGAGUGUACGCUGUUACUUUCUACCCAGAUGCUAAAAAGAGCAAGCCUGCAUUGUGGCAUUAAGGGGGGCAAAGAUAGAGAUCCUUCAGAGUGCAAUGACCAGACAUGUGCACCAGCACUUGCCCCAUCCCUCCAUUUGCCACAACAACAAUUUGCUGGUAAAUGAAACUGCCUUGCAAGCCUCUAAGUGGCUCUGAUGCCAAAAUUGCCCUGAUAGAACUGUGUCUCCCAGCCACCCGACACCAACAGAAAAGGCACUGAGCAAGCCUGACCUGCCCAGUCAUGAACCACCAUGACUGGGAUGUAUUACUGAGAAUCACUCUGAGAACUUUAGCAUAUGUAUUUGCACAUGUAUACACAGCACACAACCACCCACUAUAGCAACUUACAGAUAAAAUUCACACACACAGUCUGCAUACCCAGAAUAUGGAUAGAAAUGAUUGUGAGCAUGCAAAGAAUUAAUUCCCUCCAGUACCAAUGCAUGGCAGUUUCCAUUGUGAGUGGUGCACAUUUGUUUAAAUGGUUAGGCUUUCCAACCAUGAACACACAGUAUGGGAUCCCAAUCUUUUUCUGAUCACUGUUUUCAUGUUGCAAGGACAACAUUUGUUUAAAUAAUUGCAUACUGCUCAUAGCUAAAAGUGCUGCAUGUGCAUUUGCUCAUUUAAACUCUUGUGGUUUUUCUCCACUUCAAUCCGCAUGCAUUGGGGGAAAAUCUGUUCCCAUGAUAUGUGUGCAUCAACAGCAGCCAUACAUUUCAGACACAUGGAAGCCACUUUAACCUUACUGGCUGUGCCUGAUACACAUUUAUUUCCUCUUCCUCCACUCCUGCCCUAGCUGACAAAUUAGAUUUCCAGAGGGGUUACAGUGCUUGAAGAAGUGCCUACUAAAAUCUGAAAACCACUCUUCACCAGGAGUGCAACAUUCUUAGUAGACUUCUGUUUUGUAUGACUAUCAGAGGGUGGUAUUGAAUGGUUCCUAGUGACAUCAAUAAUUGCAAAAUAUGGUUCUUCACACAUCUGCCCCCAGGAUUGCAAAUCUGGAAGUGUGUGUGCAUGUGCAAAUACCUAGCUGAAAAAGAAGAAGCAAGCAUAACAUGAACAUGUAUGUUGUGGUAUGUGUCACCAGUAAUUUGACUAAGGCUCCAAUCCUAAUGCCACUUACCUGGGACAGUAAGCCCCAUUGAAUCAGUAGGGGUUACUUUUGAGUAAGCAUGGCUAGCCUUUUACUGUAAGCAACUAACAGUAUGUUGAUGUCUGUUUUAAACACAAAGUGUAUAAUUUGCUUAUAAAUCCUCGCAGCUGACUUCAUAGCCUAGGCAAGCUAAUAAACUCUUAGUGUUGCAUAUGCACAACUUGGAAUAUAGGGGAGGUGAUACCGGCUUUCCUUCUAGAGAUAUUGUUUAUUAUUACUUUAUCUAUUUAUACAUUAAAUUGAUAUUCCACCUUUCCUCCAGGGGCUCAAGGUGGCGGACAUAGUUCUCCUUGCCAUUUUAUUCUCGCAAUAACCCUGUGAGGGAGAAAAUGCUAAGAAUGAGUGACAGGCCCUAGGUCACCCUGUGAGCUUCAUAGCUGAGUGGUGAUUUGAACUCUUGCCUCCCACACUCUAACCACACCACCACACUGGUUAUAAGACUCACUUAAUGAAAAUGCAUUGUGUAAUAUGCUCUGAGCACUUGAAAUGUGCUAUGUAGAUGCUGUUAUUUACAUGAAUAAUGCCUUCCAGACAGACGUGAGGCCUGUCAAAUUUAACGUUAAAUGCUGACUUCUGGGCAUUUUUAUCUGCAAAGAGGCUGUGUGUGAGGAAUUUAACCCUCAGUCCUGAUUCUUAAAAGGGACCAAGCUCUCAGAGAGAGACACACAGAAGUGCAGAAUGGCAAUUCCUGGCUAGGCCAGCAGGGGGCACCCACGUAUCCUUUCCCAUCCCUAGCUAGCCCCAUCCCCACCCCUGCUUCAGCUGGGGAGAAAAAUGGAGGGGACAGGAACACUUCUAGUGCUCCCGUCAUUCAGAGCAUCCCACACUUUGUCUUCAUGCGCUUUCAUAACAACCCUGCGUGGUAGGCCAAUAUUGCAUAUUGCAGACGUAGGGGGAGCAAGCUGAGGCUGAGAAAGACAGGCUUGUCCGAGGCCACUGCAGUGAGAGUGCAGAUGAUUUGAAGCAGGCCGCCUGCCCUGGUGAAGAAACAGAUCGGGCUGCAUGACUCCAAGGGCAGGAAAUGGGCUGAAAGGCGAUGGACACAGACAGCUCCUCCUGCCCUCAUGCUCAACCAACUGGCCUCUCCCUGUCAGAGCCUGUUGAUGUUCCAAUGCUCUACAACGAGCGUCUGAACCUGCUUGAUACAAAGUCAGGCCAUGGGUCCAUCUAACACAGGACUGCCUACACUGGCUGGCAGCAGCUCUCUUGGGUUGCAGGCAGGGCGCUUCUCCCAGCCUUUUCUGAAGGUCGGGGAUUGAACCCAGGGCCUUGGGUGUGCAGAGCAUGUGCUGCACCACUGAGCUAUGGGACCCAUGUUCCUGUGGGAUGGAAAUGAUACUGAGUGCCAUGCGGUGCUGGCCCAAGGGGACGGGUAGGGAGGAAGGCAAGGAGCCAGAGUCCAUGACAGGCAGAGCCAACACCUGAUGUGCAAAGGAGGCUGUGCCCCAUUUGCCCUAACUGACCAGCCCCCACUGGUGGCACAAACAUGUGCUGUGUUCCUUUGCCACUACCACCCCGUCACCGAGUCACUCCAGUAAGCCUCCAAGGCAACUGGAAUUAGAAGAGGAAUCUCUUCACAGUUUACAGGGCCAGAUGCUUUCAUGUCUCCCCCAUCCAGAUAUAUAGAGUUUAAGCACUUCCUCUAAUCUUCCCUAGCAAUGGGGUCCCCUUACUGCACACAGUGCUUUGUCUGAUCUGCCCACGACCUUCCCCCAGCCCUGCAAGAUGGGGAAGUCCCAGGGUGGGGUGCACAGGAGCUGGUACAAAAUGAGAGAUUUCAAAACCCGUCUCAGGAAGUCUGGGUGGGGCUGGGGCUGCUUUGACAAAGCCGUUAGGCCACUGCAGCUUGCUGAACCACAGCAAUGUGGGGGAAUGAGUAGGGCAGAGAUGGGAGCUGGGGCAGAACCACAAACACUUCCCACUUGUAGGUGUUGCACUGCUCCUCCAGCACGAGGGACUCUUAUGAAGUCCUCCAGCUGUCCAUCCCAAAGACUGCUGUUAAUACACAAGCAAGACUCUGCCUGUUUCCCUCCAUGCACAGCAAUGCUCUGCUCUCCAAUGUUUAACUCCCAUCAUCCUCUGACUGUCCUACUGGCUGGGGGUGAUAGAAAUUUGAGUCCAACAGCAUUGGGAGGGCCGCAGGUUACUCAGCCCUCUGUUAAGGUACCCCUCCACCUUGGACCUGAGCAGGGCUUUUUUCAGCUGGAACUCAGUUCCAGCACCUCUCAUGUGGGUGCCAUUGCCGUUCUAAGAGAACAAGGUGACCUCUGGCACCUCUUUUUAUAGGAAAAUAGCACGGGACCUGAGGAAGUCUUAUUAAGCAGAGAAGUGCUGUUCUGCAGCUGCAGACCCCCAGGCAUUACCCUCUUGUAAAAACAAAAACAAAAAACACUGUAGUGUGCACAAAGAUACAUGCAUGUGACUUUAUUCCAGGAACUGUAGCUUGUUAAGGGUGAUGGGAAGUGUAGUUCCCAGGACUCCUGUUUUGGGAAGCCAUGGGCUCACCCGUGUGGCCUGGCUGUGCUGCCACUCUGCGACCUCAUGGGAAUUCUGGGUGGCCAUCUUCGCAGUGGGUGGAGGUGCUGAGUGAGAGUCAACAUUGUCUCCCUUCCACAGUGGUUGCUCACAAUCAGAAUUUCCCCAAAAAUGCACAGGCUGCAGAAUUGCUGUCACUGCAGUAGGUGGUUUGUUUUCGUUUUUUGAACCUGCUGUGUGUUUGUUAGGAAGCGUCAUCCAUGGCACUGUGCCAAGGGCCUCCUGGAAGUCUGGCACUGGCCUUGCUGUCUCCCAGCACCAGCUGCCUCGCUCUGCAUAAUAGUAGGGCCGGCCCUGGUUGUAGCUGCACAUCUCCUCCCUGAGGUCUCUCCCCAUCUCUUUAGCUUUGUGACAUGGGAGUGACAUAGCAAGUUGGAACAGACUGACAAGGCCAUGGCAAAACACACACACACACACCUGGCCCAGUUUCAACAAGUAAGAAGGCUGAGAAUGGACCACCUUGGCUCUUCUUAGCACUGUUGGUGGAGCGGGAAGAGUGAGGCAGUGAUGUGGCGACACCAAGAAGCAUGACUUCAGGUGGUGAUGGCAGCUCAGCAGGACAUGCCUUGCCCAGGUGCAGCCCCUGGCAGCUCUAGCCAAAGGGACCUUAGCUAGCCAGAUUAGACAAUACCUGAGCCAAAUCACACAAUAGUCCAACUGGUGGCUUCACGUGAGACCAUUUUUGGUUGGGUCUAGUUAAUUUUCUACAAAUCAAGGCUGCCAGGGUUUCUCUUUUGUCUGAAAAAUUAAAGGGCCCUUAACCCUAGAAUGCGUAUGAUGUGCAAAUGUGUGUGUCUACAUCAGUCUGAGAGCAGACUUUGCACAUGUUCAGAGGUACUCUAGCCUCUACCACAGAUGACCCAACACAAACCAUUCAGCAGAGAAGGGGACUCUUUGGCCAUGAAUAAAACCUGCUCCAGAACGCCUCUCCCCAAGCCACUUCCCUCUGUAUGGCGGGUCCAAGCUGGCUUGUAGGAAUAAAAUAGGAAGGGAGCACGAAGGUCAACUAGUCUGACCCCAGCAAACCCUGAGAUUUUUUUUCUAAACAAAAAUUUUAUUUCUUUAUUGAACUAAAAUAAAGUUUGUGCAGUCUUUUCUGCAUAAAUAUCCACGUAUUUUAAUAAUUUAUACGGUAAGGUAAUAAUUUAUCUUUGAUUUUUUUUUUAAUUUUGAAGGUUGCUUCUUGUAGAAGCCCUGAGAUUAAGAAUCUCUCGCUCUACUGACGGAGCGAUCCUAGAGCAGCAGCUCAGCCGUGUAGGUGUCGGAGAGCGCGCGCAGCGGAGGGAAGGCAGGCGGGCAGGCGGGCGGGCGAGCAGCUGCAAGCAGAUGCCAAGCCGAGACCGGCCCGGUCGCCGCGCUGUGUCGAGGGUGAGAGGGAGGGAGACACAGAGAGAGACCCUGGAUCUUACCCCUCCCAGGAAGAGGCGACACCCAGGGCAGCCAGAGCCGCAGUCGAGGCAAAAGAGGCGCAGGGCCGGCCGGGGCGGGGGCGGCAGGAGGGGCAGGCGAGGGGCAGCUCCCGCCGGCUGGGCCUCAUUGCGCAGGAAUUCGGGAGACGUGCGCUUACUAGCCCGGGGGCAUUUCUCCGGCGCCUUCCAGCUUGGGCGGGGAGGGGGGCUCACCGCGGAAUCCCCCCGCUUCAGAGCUGCCUCCCUCAUGGGGCAAGUCUCGUUUCCUUCUCUGGGACGGGGGGUGUGCGAGAGACAGAGAGAACAGCCGGGAUCAGGGCCUUCCAGGGCGAGGGCACCUUUCCUCUCGCUCCGUUCCUCCUGCCUUGCCACCGCAGCGCCUGGUGCCCGAGAUCCUCACUUUUAGAAAGGAAGGGGUGGGGGGGGGAGAGAAGGAGGCCCCACGGAAGGCGCUCCCCCCUCUUUCCCCAGCUGCUCUCCCGCCUUCUUUCGAAGGUGUGGGGUGAGCGAGCGGGUCUGGCUGCGGCUGCAAUUCCCAAGCAACGCCCCCCUUCUUCCUUGUGAUCCCUUCCCCUCGCCAAAGGGCCCCGCGAAAAUGAAAGGCCGUGGCACCCUGCAAUUCCAGGCCCAUGGGCUCCAGAAGAGGGACCCGAGAGGUUUAGAGCCUCGUCCACCCUGCUUCGCAAAGUAGCCUCCGGGAAGCCCUCGCCCGGGCAACCGGCCAACCACGCCCCCCCUCCUCCCAGGUAUACUGCUUCUGCACAUGGAGGCUUCCUUGGGCUGCCGUGGCCAAUGAAUAGCUUGCCCUUUUCGCAGAUCUGCCGCUUCACUCCUUUUACAGGACGCCUCUCUAAGCUCGCUGACCCACCUUUAAGAAGGCUAGGCACUUUUGCAGCUGUUGCCUAUAUAGAAACUUACUCAAGAGUAGAUCCCUCUCCACCCCCGCACUCCCAAUUGGGAUUGCGUGCCAAGUGAGCGUGCACAGGAUUGCAGAAGCCUCGGGUCUGGGGAUUCCUUCCUGCCCCGCCCGUCCUACUACCAGCCCCUGGAGGCGCGCGCCGCUUCAGUGGGGCUCCUGCCGCCUUGCCCUCCUUGGAGCCCAGUCUCUGCUGCCCCGAGGUGGGCGUGUGUCUGGCUCUUCUGUGCGCAUCGCCGUGCGCCCUUGGCCGCGCCCAACUUCACCGCCUCCCUCUCCUCUGUCGUUCUUGCAGGAUCCUGCGCCUUUAAUCCCGGGCCCAACCUACCCAGCGCCGGGGUCCCACCCACCCCGAGCCCAGCCGUUAUAAUGAGCGGCUCACAAGCGCGACUCCAUCAGGCCGCAGGAGCGGGAGGCGUUGGUGGCGGCGGAGGAGCGGGCAGCGGCAGCAACAGCAGCAGCAUCCAGGGGGAGGUCGCUGCCGAGAUGCCGGCCACCGAGAAGGACCUGGCGGAGGACGCGCCCUGGAAGAAGAUCCAGCAGAACACCUUCACGCGCUGGUGCAACGAGCACCUGAAAUGCGUCAACAAGCGCAUCGCCAACUUGCAGACGGACUUGGGGGACGGGCUGCGCCUCAUCGCGCUGCUCGAGGUGCUGAGCCAGAAGAAGAUGGGGCGCAAGUACAACACGCGCCCCACUUUCCGGCAGAUGCAGCUGGAGAACGUUUCGGUGGCGCUGGAGUUUCUGGAAAGAGAGAACAUCAAGCUGGUCUCCAUCGGUAAGUCCCAGCGAAAGAGGGGAGGGGGAGCCGGGGGGGCGGAGAGGGCGAAAGGGGGACCUGAAGGGAGCAUCCUAAAAGUGGGGGAGUGCGGGGUCUUUGGAUGCGGGACACCCAAGUCUGUCUCUUACGGCGGGGGGGGGGCUGGAAAGGCACCCCGCUCUCCUCUACAUGGCGAGGCCCAGGUGAAGAGGAGAGGGGCGCGCUUGGCCCCUCCCGCGAAGGGGGCGUGCGUAGCUUCGCGGGAUGUGUGGCGGGGGGGGGGGAGAAGGACCGCUGGUAGCGGAUCGGGGCCACCUCGGAGUUGGGGGUCCCAUUUCUGUAGUCCUGGGGUGCCUUUUGGGGAGAGUCGCAGGGGGGCGGAAAGCGAAGAGGCCUGGCUGGAGGGGUGGGGCGGGCGGGAGGACGCUGCAUCUGGGCGUGGCGGGGAGGGUUGCAGGAGGCGGCUCCGGUUUCAGGCUUUUUGUCUGGAGUCUGCAAAAAAGGGGGGAAGCCCCCUUUCCUUCAGCCCGGCCUCGGUUCGCGUUGCUGCACCCCCGCCCUCCGCGCGCUCCCUCCAUCUCUGGCCCAGCCCACCCCGGCGCGCUCCGCUUCGGAAAGGCCCGUUAACUAUUUAGGAAUGGGAGGAGGGCGGCCUGGCGCUUGCCUUCCGCUGAGCCAUUUCUUGUAGAUGCCUUUUGAAUCGCCGGUCGAGCGAGCUCCUGACGCGCCGCACGCACAUUUUCCAAGCUCAAACAAUUGUUUGUCUUCUCCUUUCCUCCCCACCCGCCGCAUCAAGUUUUACAUUGAGGGGGGAAAGUUGCCCAAGAAGUGGAAGUGGGAUGUGGUUGAGCCAUUAUCUGCGCUCUCGUAGAUCACUAGCCGCAGCCCUUUGAACCCACAACCGACACCUUAGGCAAGGAGAAGCCUUUGUCCUUCUGCUCUGAUUUUGGGGUAAAUCUUGGGUCAGUGCAGAGUCUGGGCAAAGAUUCUGCCUUAAGGAAAGGUGUCAGGAAGUUGAUGGACUCUUGAGCUCUUCCAGCCACAGUAAUGCCCUAGUACAUACCAUCCAACAUUUCUCCUACAGAAAUAGGGACAUCCUAAGGAGAAGUGGGACAUUCUGGGGUCAAAUCAGAAACUGGGGCGAAAUGGGGACACUUGGAGGGUCUGAUAGUAGUCUGGGAUAUUUCUACAGUGGCACAUGCUGGGGAUGAACAGUAACACAGAAAGAAGUUACGGCUUCAGACGGGGCCCUUAGCUAGGCUAGACUUUUAAGUACCCAGUUUGUGGGAGAGCCUCCUUAUCUCUCCAUAGAUCUGCAGCUGCUCAUACAUAAACUAUAACUAAUGAACUGACUGGGUUUGUAUGGAAUGCUAAUCCAUAGUUAAGGUGAGUAAACCAACAGCCAGCAACAAACCAUGGCUUAUUUUUGCUAACAAAAUCAUAGCUAAUUGUAGUUAAGGUGCUGGGCUGGGUUUGUAUGCAACACCAAACCUUAACUAAUUUAAACCAUGGUUUAACACUGUAUGUAAACCAGACCAUGGUAUCUCCCAUUGGAAUUAUGUGUACUGAGCAAAGAUUGCAUUCAGUUCACUGAUCCUUGUAUUCCCCUUGCUUUGCCAUGGACCCCUAGCUCCUGAAGCAAAAGUUCAAGUGCCUCCUGUUUUGGCAGAAAUACAAGAAAGCAAAUGACUGUUAAUUGCCCUUUGCCUUAUAAUAGGAGCAGCCUUUUCUUGGAAAUGGGUGGUGACUCUCAGCUGCUUCCAUGCUUGGGCAGCUUGAAUUGGCUUGGAUGCUUGGCAUUUAUGGUCCCAGCAAAGGGAGCCUUUUGGAUAGCUUACCAGCCAUCUAGGUUUGGACUGACUGGUGGUGGCUCCGCUGGUAAAAACUCCAUGCAGUAAAAGCUGUGGAUGGGUGUGUCUCUGAACAAUGUAACAUUGGCCUUGAGCAGCCUGGCUCUUGCAUUGCCUGGUAGAGGAAGUAACCGAUUCUAGUUUAGGUCUGACUCAUUAAUGUGGGAAUCCUGGAUGUCUCAUUAGCUCUUCAGAAAAACCAAUGGCUUAUGCAUACCUUGCUUUUGCAGGGAGCUUCCAGUAGCCUCUCAUUCAGAUUUAUCAUGCCUGCUCAGCCUCAGCACUGCUGAAACAUCUGCUAUUCCCAGACAAUUCACUGGGCCCAGACAUCCCCACUGUUGAUUCAGGGUCAUGAGCAUCCAUUGCCUGUUCUGGGGUUGGGGUUUGCCCAUAGCCCUUUGUUGAGGAAGUCAACUAGACCAAACUUGGGUGGAAAAGAGUGACAUGACUAAAUACUGUUAUAAUUUAAAAAAAAACCACAGUCGUCUCCUACUGCUAUCCCUUGGCUCUUGGAAUGGCUGGUGUCAAUCCAUGUUGCCAAUAUAAGCAGAAUGUAUUUUCUGUACUGAUGCCCCGGUCUCAUUCCUGCUCUUUCCCACACUUAUCAGUUUGUAAAGACCUGGUGUCAGCUGGGAUGUGUUGACAUCCCAACACAUGUAGCUCCUUGUAUUCACUAAAAUUGGGCCUGUGACGCUGCAAGCUAAAUACAACCAGCAGGGUCUUCAUAAACCUCCUGUUUUAGCUAUGUUUGGCCCAGGGUUGCAAAAAUGUGGCAGCGUGUUGAAUGCCUGGCAGGCCUUAGUACUGGUGGGCUAUGAUUAGGUGGAUCCUACACAAAAGGUGUAGACCUGUGUUACCUUAUGUUGGACCUGGUAUGGUUCCUUGUCCACUUGACCAGGAACUCCAUAUCUUGGGGUAAAGUUGGGGUAACACACCUUGUAAUACAGAGACAGCUUUCAAAGGCCUAGUUACUUUGAGUACCUUAAAGUCUUAAGUGGUUGUGCUGGUGGCUAACCAGAGGUAUGAACCCACCUAUUAUCCUGAAGUUGCAGGGUUUUUUAUUAUUUUAAAAAGUUCCCUAUUGCCUAUUUCUGGCAGCUGCCCAUGUGCACUUAGAGGACUGUUACGUUGCUGCAGGGACCCCUCUGUUGAUGAAACCCUCUUGGUGUAUCUGUCUGGAUGUGCUCUACAUUGUUGGGAGCUGGUAAUGAUAGGAAAAUCUGGAUUAGAUUGACCGCUGUGGUAAACUUGCUAGAUAUUCAGCAAUGUAGUGGUUGUGUGUAACACUUGUAAAGCCGUACUGUAUGGGAAGAUAAGGCCCACCGAAGGGAUACUGGCUUUCAUUCCAUCUCCCUGUAAGUGAGGCUCUAAACGGGCCCAUGUUGUUGGACUCCAACUUGCAUCUGCUCUACCCAGUGUGGUCAAGAAGGGUGGGAGUUGUGGUCCAGCAAGAGCUGGACAGAGGGUUCUACCCCCUGCUCUGUUUGACUCCCCCUGGAGCCUGCAGAAGAUCCUGAGGACAGUGGGAGAUGAGAAUCCUGUGUUGCCCGUCAAUGCAGUGAGUCAGUCCCUGGGCCACAGACUCUGACUCAGACAAGGUCUGGAAGCAGUUGCUGAGAAGUGGAAGGGCGUGCGCACACCAUAACCAUGCCUGUAGGCUAGAGAUGGGUAACCCUGUGCCUGGGUGUGCCUGUCUGUUCCUCCUCCUCCUCCUUGGGUUGGGGUGAGGAGAAGGAUGGGCUGGGCGGGCCUUUUGCUCCUCUUCACAGAGAGGCAGGAUGUAGGGAAGGCGGGCAGAGAGGGAGGGACCAGGCCAAACAUGUGGAGGGGGCGUUCUUUUCCCUCCCCCUGGAAGGAGAAUCCUGUUGGGACAGAGGAGCUGCUGCCUGCCGGCCACUCCAUAUAAGGCUAAAAAAUGCUGGAGCGGUCUGCUCUGUGGCUGGGUGGGCGGUGCAGAGCCGGGUGGGGAGGUGGCUGGGAUGUGAUGGCUUGCCUUCUCCCUGUUCCUCCCCCCCCCCCAACACCACCCAGGGGAAAAAAGUGGCAGGGAAAGCAUGGCGUAUUUAACCCUGCCAGAGGGAUGCAUCUGCUCUGGCACUCCAAUAACAAAGCUUAAGCGCAUGAGAGCUAAUGGGAAGGGGCUCCCAUCCCAGCUGCUCUAGCCUUGACUGGGACUCUGCUCCGGGGAGGGAGGGGGUAUGUGGCCUAAUGUGGGUGAAUCUCGGUGGCCUCAGGGUCUUAGAUUCCCUUUGGCCCUCCUGUCCUCUUUGAUAAUGCUUGUUCUGCAGUUUACAGCUUAUUCAGCUCGACAGUGUUGAAUGCUCCUCUCCAGACAGUGUUGAAUGCUCCUCUCCAGCUUUGAGACUGGCCCUGACGCCUGCCCUUUUGAAUGCUCCCAGCUGCUAUGGGGCUCAGUGGAUAUGGAGGGCAAAAGUAAAAGUGUGUGCGAUGGGGAGGGAAGAAUGCAGAUGGAAGCUUGGGAAAUGCCUUUUUUCAGGAUGGUACUCACUCCAUGUUGCCUGUAACCAGAUCCUGCAAUCUGCUGCAGAGGAGGGAGAAUAGCAGCUCCCUCUAAUACUGUUGAGGGUUGUGUCAUGUUAACUACUUGGAGGCCACAGACUGCUUGGGUAGGAAAUGGACUGAAGCCUAUUGGGUCCAAGUGUGUAUAUUGUGUGGCAGUAGCACAUGUGUGGAUGCUAGGAAGCAGUAGUUCAAGGGACGGAGAUCCUUUUUCACCGCGAGGGCCACAUUCCCAUCUAGCCAAACUAUGGGAGCCUCAUGGAACUGGUGGGUGGGACCAGAGCAGCAAAUGUAAAAUUUAGCUUUGUAUACUAGGCUAGUAGUCAUACCUCAGGUUGAAGUAGCUUUGGGAUGAAUAUUUUCAGGUUGCGCUCCGCGGCGACCCGGAAAUAACGGAGCGUGUUACUUCCAGGUUUUGUUGCUCGCACAUGCGCAGAUGCUCAAUGACUUCACGCACAUGCACGGAAGCGGCAACCCGCGUAUGCGCAGUCGCGUCUUACAUUUACCUCAGGAUGCGAAUGGGGCUCAGGAACGGAUCCUGUUCGUAUCCAGAGGUACCACUGUAUCUACAAACACACGCUCUUCUCUAUCCAGUACCUGUUGAGUUUCAGUGGCAGACAGAGGCGCUUUGAGGGUUACAUUUGGCCCUUGAGCCUGAGAUUCUGCACCCUGUUUUAGCAAAAAGCAGUUCCAUAGCACAUGCAACAAAACACAUAUGCAUGGUCCUGUCACUGGGGGGGGGGGCGGUCCUUAGCCACAAGCUUUAUAUAACCUGCUUUGUGCAGCACAUUCCCUGUAAACAUGUAAGUAUAUUCUUCCAGAAGGUGCCAGAUACUUAAUUUCUUCCUUCAUGGACCAUAAAACAGAGUUGCUCAUUUUCCAUACUAAAAAGACAACUGACCUGUCUAAAUUAUGCAAGUUAAACCAUUUUUCAUAAUUCUGCUUCCCCCUACUGUUAUGGGGUAGAGGAGCAUGUAGACUCCUUCACUGGAGGUCUUUAAGCAAAAAAUAAAUAAUUUUAUUAUUUAUACUCCGCCUAUCUGGCUGGGUUGCCCCAGCCACACUGGGUGGCUUCCAACGCACAUGAAAACACAAUGAAACAUGAAACACUGGAAACUUCCUGAUACAGGGCUGCCUUCAGCUUGGCGGAGGCUGUCAGGGAUGCUAUAGUUGAGAUUCCUGCAUUGCGGGGCGUCAGGCUAGAUGACCCUUGGGCUACCUUCCAGUUCUGCUGUUCUAUGAUUCUAUAUAAAUGUAAAGGGCAAUGAAAACCUGACUUCAAACCACUGGAAGGUUUCUUCAGUAAUUUUUAUGACUUCUGUUGCAUGCACACCCACCCACACCCCACAUGCACUUGCAAGAAGCCUUUUCCCACUUCAGUGAAAACCACCUUCUUGUGUUUGUGCAGCUGCAGGAAUUAUUUAUUACAUUUGUAUGUAAUGGGAAAAUCGCAGAGUACAGUGGUACCUCAGGUUACAGACUCCGCUAACCCGGAAGUAGUACCUCUGGUUAAGAACUUUCCUUCAGGGUGAGAACAGAAAUCGCGCUGCGGCAGCGCGGCGGGAGGCCCCAUUAGCUAAAGUGGUACCUCAGGUUAAGAACAGUUUCAGGUUAAGAACGGACCUCCAGAACGAAUUAAGUUCUUAACCCGAGGUACCACUGUAGUUCACCACAUAAAGCACUUAGGAUGUGCUUGGCUUGGUGAUGUCUUGGACAUGGUGUUCCACUUCCAUGUUGGGAGUCAAAUGGUUGGCUUGGGGAACCACCCUGCCCCUCAGAUUUCCCAUCUUACACCUAGGUUCUGUGCUUCUGAGACUAGACCAUCGCUUUGAAUUCAUUCUAGGUUCUCUUCUGUUGCCUUGAUCUUCAUCAGUCUCUUUCACUUUGUAUCUGGAGGUUGAUUCUUCCUUCAUACCUUGUGCUCCGGAUCCCAUAGGAUCUGUACACUGGCUUAAAAAAAUAGAAUAAAAGAAUGCACAACAUCAAAUGCAUUUAAAGCAGAAGAAUGCAUAAUAAAUAGCAUAGUCAAGCAGUACAAUGCUGACCUUGAAAAUAGCCAGGUCUUCACUGCCUGCUGAAAAAAAGGCAAACCGUUACUAGACCAGGUGGGUCUCCCUUGGGAGUAAAUCCCAUAAUGGUGGUGCCACAACUGAAGGCAAGGGAAUACAGGGCAGGGCCUUGGGUUGUUCCUUGGAGCCUGUGGGAGUUCAGCUUUAUCCAGCUUGCCUACCCCUUGGGGUUUAGAGGAAGGUUGCUUAAGACUUGUCUGAACCUGAGCUGAGGGAGAAUAGUUGGGCCCCUUUCAGCUGCUGUGUCUAGUCUCUGGAGAGGUUAAUCUUGGCAGGAGGCCAGUGCAUUGAAGGAAUUCUUUGUUUCCCUGAAUCUGGUGUGUUUACAUCAAUCUGCUGCUGCGCAAUCCUGGGCAGGCCUCUCUCUGCUGCUGCUGCGGCUGCUGCUUCCUCUUCUGUUGCCUCUAACCAUAUACAAAGGGUGGGAUUCCUUCAUGCAGUUUCACCAAGCGGCUCUUGGGUAGUGUCUCCUCCACAUGUACACUUCCCAUCCCUAUCUUCCUUUGCUCCAAAUUCCCUCCAUGACAUCUGCUGACUCACCAAUUUCUUUUGAGUCGGCACGCAGUCAGCGCAGCAGAACACCUGAAUUAAGGGCUGCCCGAGUGAUGCUUUUGCUUCGCAACAUUUCCACUUUUUCUUGCUUCAGGACCUCAAGGUAACAAAAAUCUAUGUUUGGUAACAGCCCACAUACUGUGGGAUUCAUGGCAGUAUGUUGCAAACAAAAAUUGUAGGAGAAUCUACAUAAGAGGUACAUAUAUGGGCAUAGAAAUAAAUAAAGUGGGGCCAACAAAGGGCAUGGGGCAGAAGAACAUAGCUCUCCCCCCACCCCCAGGCUUCAUUGGCUGUGUUUCUUUAUGGCCUUGUAGCAAAAUUGGGCUUAACUGGGGGGGGGGGGGCAUUUUACACAUGCAUGUUUAAUACUGGAUUUUUUCAGCACUUGUUGACUUGCUCCUGAAUAGACUCACUGGGAAUAAUUUUGUGUUUUGGUAUUCCUUUACUUAAAUUUGUGGCAAAAAUGCUGUAGCCGUUAAAAUGAACUGAACUGCAAGCAGAUAAUGUUAUUAAAACAAAACAAAUUAAAAGGCCUGUGCAAAUAAAAUGAUGUUUACCUAGUCCCUGAAACUCAAUUAAGUGUUGGCACCAGAUACGUUGAGCUGCUGAGGGCAUUCUAGAGUUUGGGCAACGCCUCUUGAAGGAUCCCUGGAUACAGUCGACUUUACCUCAGGAGGAGGGCAAGGGGAGAAUGACUCUUAUGACCUGUUUCAAGUAUUUCCAAUAUUCUAAGGGAAAAGGCUGUUGGGUACAGGCGCAGACACUUUUAUACCACUUUAACAGUCAUGGUGUCCCCCAAAGAAUAUUGGGAAUUGUAGUUUACGGCUGCUAAGAUCACUAUUCCCCUCACAGACCUACUGUUUACCAGUCAAUCCCUCUUCCCAAAUAACUUUGGGAGUUGUAGUUCUGUGAGGGAAAUGAGGUCACGCAACAGCAUCCUUAACAAACUUCAUUUCCUAGGAUUCUUAGGGGGACGUACCAUGACUGUUGAAAGUGAUACAACUUUAUAUAGUGUAUAAUGCCGGUGGCUCCUUACUUCCAAGUAAGUGUACCUGAGUCUGAUUCACAGCUACAGUAAUACUUCAUCUCACUGUCAUGUUGCCAAAGGAGGGGGGCAUUGUUGUCACCACACUUUGCAAGGAAAAGGAGAAAGUGAAGCAAAGCUAUAGCCACUGAGCUCAAUACAAUCCAGUCAGCUUCUGGUGCUUUCAGAUUUAUCAGGUUUUUAACUAGUUUGCAUAAAGGUUGACUGCCAUCCUGAGUGGCUGGAGAACUGUAUUCGCAUCAGAUUGAAAUCUCUACUCAGUCAUGAAAGCUUACUGGGUGAUCUUGAGACCAUCAUUCCCUCACAGCCAAAACUACCUCACAGGGUUGUUGUAAUGAAACUUGAGGGAGUAUGGACCAUGUAUGCCACCCAAAAUUCCCUGCAUGAAGCAGGGGAUAAAAAUAAUAAAUGGAACCCGCAGCAAGAACAAUACGUCAAGUAUCAAUUGCAACUUGUUUAUUUUCUGUUGUCACUGUUAUUUUAAGAUAAGGUUAGGAAGUGUAGAUGUGGAAGAGACACUACCAAAGAGACUUGAGACGGUAUAAAGGAAAGGUAUUCUUUGUACAUGGUUGGUGGCAGUGAUGGCGUCUAAAGUGGCAGGGAGUGGCCAAUGAGUGAAAAAGGCAUGGUAGUAACCAGCACACACAGGCCACUUUUAAAAUCAUUUUUAAGUUUCUUCAAACAUGUUACCUGUAGUCAAAUUAUGGCCAUUCUUCAUCAAAAUCCCUCCCACCAACUUCUUCAGGCCCCUAAGGACAGAAUCUCUUGCUAGAAGCUUGUUCUGUAGGUCUCGGAUCUAUUGAGGAGGUGAGAAAAGGUGGGAGUGGACUUAUUACUUGGUGGAAACUGCCUGCAGGCUUCUUCUUGGGUUUCCUUAAGUGUAGACUGGCCUUCCUCCUACUAAAGGAGAGAAAUCCAAGGGGAGAAGGCCUAGGAUGUUGCUGAGUGGGACUCUUCUUCCCUGAAAGUCCAGGUCACUGUCCACUUUUGCGAAUGCUGAACUGUGCUUCUGACUCUCAGACAGCAAAGCUAUCGUGGAUGGGAAUCUGAAGCUGAUCCUGGGCCUGAUCUGGACGCUCAUCCUGCACUACUCUAUCUCCAUGCCCAUGUGGGAUGAGGAAGAUGACGAAGAGGCCAAGAAACAAACCCCCAAGCAGCGACUGCUGGGCUGGAUCCAAAACAAACUGCCUCAAUUGCCCAUCACCAACUUCAGCAAGGACUGGCAGAGCGGCCGGGCACUAGGCGCUCUUGUUGACAGCUGUGCCCCAGGUAAGUGGAGGAGCAGCACUGUUCAUGUGGGGGUGAGAGGGUGAGCUUGAGAGGUUUGCAAGGAGGGCUCUUCUGACUUGCUCACAUGGGUGCUGGAGGGCCAGCACUACUUCCUGUGUUAGUUGACCUGUAGAUCAGGAGUAGCCAAUUAGGCUCCUUCCAGAUGUUUCUGAACUACAACUCUUGUCAUCCUUGACCAUGGCCAUGCUGGCUGGGGCUGAUGGGAGUUGGAGCACAUCAUCAUCUGGAGGGCCCCAGCAUUGGCUGUCCUUGUCAUUGAUGCCAACUCCAUCUUGGCCCUGGGUCUAAUAUUCCGCUGAGGGUUUGGGAUGCCUGUAUUGGAGUGGCCUGUGCUGGAUGCCUGCUCCUUUGGCUUUAUUUCUACCUUAUGUUGUGGACGGAUGCUACAGUGCCCCAGAGCACUGUUCCAGAGAUCUGUAUGGAGGAAGUGUUACUACUGUGUGUGACUGACAAAGAGCUGGGACUCUCUCUCAAACAGGUCUGUGCCCUGACUGGGAUUCGUGGGAUGCUAGCAAACCUGUCAACAAUGCCCGGGAGGCCAUGCAGCAAGCGGAUGACUGGCUGGGCAUCCCACAGGUAAGCAGCACAGAUACUUGGUCUGUGCUAUACAGAACUGUGUGUUAAGCUGAACUCUGCUAUGAGUAGGUGUAUUGGCAAAAGUGCUUACUGCUUCCAGUUUUGGCCAGGGGCAAGUGAGCAAUGUAGAGUCCGAAUGUGUGUUAUCCCUUGACACCCCCCCCCCCAGGAUGCUGCUUAGAUUUCCCAGAAAUGCUUAAAAUAGUUACAUUCUAGGGCCCCCUCUGCAGCCUUCAGGGCUAGAAGUCUGCUUUUUGAAAAACAAGCACUGGGUUUCUUGGGAGGCUACAUCCUGUGCCUGCUCUGUACUUGACUCCUGGCGUGUGAGAGGUAAACUUGCCUCUUCUUUGCUGUCUCCAGCUAUUUGCCUUCUUUCCUCUGUAGGUGAUCACUCCUGAAGAGAUUGUGGACCCCAAUGUUGAUGAGCACUCGGUCAUGACAUACCUCUCCCAGUUCCCCAAAGCUAAGCUAAAGCCAGGAGCCCCCCUUAGGCCCAAACUGAACCCCAAGAAAGCCAGAGCUUAUGGCCCAGGUGAGUCCAGGAACAGGUGGUAAAGGCUUGGGAUUACAUGUGUGCAGAGGAGGGUCUGGAGGACUUCUUAAACAAUUGGGAGAUUGACCACAGUGGGGGCAGCUGGGUGUUGACAAGGGAUCUUUCUUAGGACGGCGUUCUUCAACCUUGGGUCCCCAGAUGUGGUUGGACUGCAGCUUCCGUAAUCCUGCUAUUUUAGCCAAUGGGAUGAUGGGAGUAGUAGCCCAAAAAUCUCUGGGGACCCAGGGUGUCGUGAAUAGAAUAGCUGCCUCAUAGGGCUCGACUUACAGGUGUUUGUACGUGGGUGGCGCUGUGGGUUAAACCACAGAGCCUAGGACUUGCCGAUCAGAAGGUCGGCAGUUCGAAUCCCUGCGAUGGGGUGAGCUCCCGUUGCUUGGUCCCAGCUCCUGCCAACCUAGCAGUUCGAAAGCACAUCAAAGUGCAAGCAGAUAAAUAGGUACCACUCCGGCAGGAAGGUAAACGGCGUUUCCGUGUGCUGUUCUGGUUCGCCAGAAGCAGCUUAGUCAUGCUGGCCACACGACCCAGAAGCUGUAUGCAGGCUCCCUCGGCCAGUAAAGCGAGAUGAGCGCCACAGCCCCAGAGUCAGCCACGACUGGACCUAAUGGUCAGGGGUCCCUUUACCUUUAUGCUUUUUAACCUCUUUCUUGCAACACCCUGUGAUUGCCUUGUGAUGGUUUGCUCUGUACCAUCUCUGUGGCUCUCCCAUCGGCUCCAGCUAGCAUGUGUGGGCUUUCCUGAGGUCAUCCAGGCUGUACAGUGGAGGUGAUGCUAGAACCACUGCUGUACAAAUUGAUGGCAUCACGGGCCAGAGGGUGGUGCAGUUACUACUGUGUCUGAUCAUUUCACAGGAAUUGAGCCCACAGGCAACAUGGUGAAGAAGAAGGCAGAGUUCACCGUUGAAACGAUCAGUGCUGGCCAGGGAGAAGUGCUAGUCUAUGUGGAGGACCCUGCUGGACAUCGGGAAGAAGUGAGUCCCCCUGGCAGUGUGUCCUUAGCGGUCUGGAUGGCCAGGCUUUGAGGCGGAAGAGUUAUGGGGGGUGUUUUGGUUGGGUUGUACAAUGGCAACCACUACUGAACUUGCUCUGUCUGUCCUCAAGGCGAAGGUCAUUGCCAACAAUGACAAGAACAGGACCUUCUCUGUGUGGUAUGUGCCAAAGGUGACAGGAAUCCACAAGGUAAGAGUCUGUAUAUCGUGUAGGUGAUUGAGAGAAAAUUCUGGAACUGGGCCUUCAUCUCAGUGAUCAACAUUUGACAACCUUCACUUUUUGCUCCAGGUGACGGUACUGUUCGCUGGGCAGCACAUUGCCAAGAGCCCCUUUGAGGUGAAUGUGGACAAAUCGCACGGGGAUGCCAGCAAGGUCACUGCCCAGGGCCCUGGCCUGGAGCCUGUGGGCAACAUUGCCAACAAGACCACCUACUUUGAGAUCUUCACUGCUGGUCAGUGGAUGGGGGCGGGGUGCUGGUUCUGAGAGGGUGGAAGGGUGUUGGCCAGCUGAAGCCUGGACACAGCUUGAAAGCAAAUGACAUAGUUGGCUGGUUUCUUAGAAACUUGUUAUAAAUAGUUUAGCCACCAUUCCCCAACCUGGUGCAUUCUAGGACUACAGCUCCCAUCAGCCCCAGCAUUCUUGGCCCCAAUGGUCAGAGGAUGGGAACUGCAGUCCAGUAACACUGGGGGAGGGAGUACUGUGUUGGGGACACCUGAAUUGUUGGCAAUGAAUAAACUGUUGUUGGAGAACUUUUCUCACUAUGAACUGAGUAAUUGUGUAGGAGGCUUCAAUUUCUUGCCAAAGUGGAACCUUUCUAGCUCUCCUGCUUUCGGAGUUGCUUGUCAAAGCAACAUGUCUUCAGAGACUAACAGCUCUGGGUAGGAGGGCUUCCAAGUUGGGAACAAGUCAGGCUACACAUAGCAUUUUUAGGUGUCCAGUGCUUCACAUAAGAUUGUUGGGAAGAUUACAGAGAAUACCAAAAGGAAGAGAUUGUGAGUGAGUAGCUUGCCUAAGGCUGUCCGUGGAGGAGGGCAGCUUAGUUGGCUUAACAGCCCCACUCUGACUCCUUCAAGGUAGGCUGUGGCUGGAGGAACUGCUUUCUGCUCCUGCUGCACAGGCCUUAGUUGGUCAACAUUUUGGUGACGUUUAUGCCUGUUGCUUCAGCAUGCCAUAGAGUAGGAGGCAGAAUGAUCAGACAUUUAUAUUAGGAAUAUACAGUUUCAUGAUUCCACGUGUUCUUAACUUUCAUAUGUGUAAUUGUGAAUUCAGAACUGCCCUGAGUAAUAUUGUAUUCAACGUGGCAGGAUAUGAAACGAAACAAUGAUUCAGAGUACACAGUAGGAGCUUGCUUUUGAGAUCAGUCAUCCUUGAUUCUCUUAUCCAGGAAUGUCACCCUCUCUCCUUGCCUGCCUUGAAACUCUGGGCUCUUCUCCCUUCAGGCAAAAGGCAACUUCCUUGUCCCAACAGCCCUUUGCAAACAAUUGGUCUCUUGUCUUGGCGUUUCAUUUUUAUUUAUAGCUGGAUGUUAGAAUAGUCUCCUCUGAACUCUUGAGGCUAAAGAUGAGUACCUUUGCUUCCAGGCUAGUUGCUGCCUAAGCAAGUCUGUCUGAAUUGUUGGCCUCAUCUUCCAAGCAUGAAAGGUCUCCCACUAAAUCCUAGCUGAAGCCUAUCUAAGUAGAGCAUAACUUGCAGCCCACAGUAACUGUAGCAAACAAAUCUUCCAUUUCUUUGCUUUCAGAAAUGGGUCUGUUACCAAAGGCUGAAACAUAGUGAAGUUUUAACUUGGGGACAUUGUGUUUUCUCCACUAGCUAGAAAGAAGCUGCAAACAAAUUUUAAGGCCGCUCUUAAAUGUCUUUAAUUGCUAGGUGCAUGGCUGCAGGGUGCGCUAAGCAUGGAAGGUAGGGAUGCAGUAUAAAUAGCACUUGAAUUCUGUUCUUAAAAUGCUGCCCCAAGAAACCUGCAAUUCCUACGUAAAUUAAAUAGAGCAAGCAAAACUUGCAUAAUGUUUCUCUUGCACAGCACUGCUAACUACAGAAAAUGACAAGGAGCUGUGCAGGGCUUUAUUUUUCCCCUGGAAACCCAUUGCUGUGUUCUUGGUCCAGAUCAAAGGCCUUCCCGUAAGUGAAUACUUAAGGGUGCAUGCACUAUCUCCACCUAACACCUGCCUCUCUUCAUCUUACCCUAAUCCCUCCCCCCAGGUGCUGGUGUUGGGGAAAUCGAGGUAAUCAUCCAAGAUCCGACUGGCAAGAAAGGGACAGUGGAGCAGCAGCUGGAGGAUAAAGGCAAUAGCACCUACCGCUGCACCUACAAGCCCACUCUGGAGGGCACCUACACCAUCUACAUCACCUUUGGGGGCAUCCCCAUCCCCCGCAGCCCAUAUACGGUCACCAUUGGCCAGGGUGAGUCUCCCAUCUGGCACGGGGCUUCUUGGUGGGGUCUCUUUUAACCUUAACACCACUGCUGCUGCUUGGUUUCCUCUUUGUGACCAGAAGGGGGGUGGUUCUUUGUUCUGCUCCUAACGCUUCUCCUCUCCUCUCUGCCUACCUCCACCUGUCCUGGCCCAGCUCUCCUCUGCUCUGUCCUCUCUUCCUCUGAAGAGCCAUCUCCCUGGAUCUCUGCUGGCACUCAUCUCCUCCCAGCUGCUCGGCGCCUGGAUCCAGGGCCAAUGGUAUUUCACUCUUGGCAGGUGUGGGUGGGGACCUGUGGCAAGGGUGCAUGUUGCUUCUGUCCAGGGGAGCAGCCUAUGGGCUUGAGAUCCGGCCUCCCUCUCAUGGGUGGAGCUAGUUGAAUGCCUGGUGUGUUAAUGAUGGCAAAGACCCACCCAGUUGGGAAAACUGGAAUUCUACUUGGACUCGAUAAGGACACUCACCCUCUCUGCCACCCUCUCUCUGCUGCUACAGCAUGCAACCCAAAUGCUUGCCGGGCCGUGGGUCGAGGCCUCCAGCCCAAAGGUGUCCGAGUGAAGGAGACGGCAGAUUUCAAGGUCUACACAAAAGGCGCUGGCAGCGGAGAGCUCAAAGUGACAAUAAAAGGCCCAAGUAAGUCCAGUGUGUGUGUUUGUCUUCCCCACCCUCUGUGUUUCAGACAUGGGAGGGUGGGAUUUGCACUUAACCCAGAAGCUCUGCCUUUUGGCCUGGAAGCGCUAUAGUCUAAUUACUCUGUGUGGGAAAUGUUGGGAGCCUGAUGACACUUUGCAUAGGCUCAGAGGCAUUCGGGGUGCAGCUGCUGCACAUGUCUUAAAGCAGACCCCUAGCUUGUAUGGUAAUGCCCCUUUGGAAGGCAAGCAGUAUACUGCAAAGCCCAUCUGGCUAGUGCAUGCCCAGAUCUGUUUGGGGAACAGGAAGAAACUGCAGAGCAGUGUUCAAAACACCCAUUGUUCUAAGCACAUUUUGUGACAGGGACUUUCAUUAGUGCAAGAGGUUUCUGAGCUCUGGGCGCAGAACUGUGCCUAAGAUUUCAGAUUAAAACUGCAGAGCGGAAAGAAAGGAGGACUUUUUUCUGCCUCCCCACUUCCAGCUACUCUCUGAAGACUGGAGAAGAGACCCUCUUAAGAAUGUUAGGGGGUGGGCAGGGGAAGGACUAGACCAUGUGAAAAAUGAACAUAUUUUAGCUGCAGUUCAUCUUCAGCUUUGUAUUAUUAUAAAAAAGUGUGCCUAGCCAUUCCCUUGUUGCGCCCAUAACCUAGGUUUAAGGUGCCAUUCAGCUCCUAGCCUUCAUAACUCAGUUUCUAACACGGCUGCAGAGUUAUUUAUUACCAAUGGGGGAACAGGCUGAUUGCACAGGAGGCUGUUGCUUCUGUUGUGCUGGAGCAUCCAUUCAUAGGGAAUUGGUGAUUUGGGCUCCACUGACUCUCAGACAUGGCAAGCUCUAGAAACUCUUUGAAGCCUAAGAAGCUCUCAAUCUUGCUUGCUUGCCCAUGGACCGUUUUAAAAAUCUUGGGUCUUACAGCAGAAAGUUCUUCUGGUGCGAGUGUAAUUGGUCUGUAGGAGGGGCUGAUGGUGGCAUUUGUACUUUGUGCAAGCAUGGAAAUGUGCUGAGGCAAGGAAGCAAAGCAGUAAAUUGAGUGGCUGUUGUGGAGUCAUGGCGGGGCAAGCAGAGCUACAAACCACUGUAGAAAACAUAAUUGGGUUCUUGUCUGGGCUGGAAGGAGAGGCUGCUGCAAUGCAGAGAAGUAUGUGAAUGAUGGAGGAGCUGGAUUUUGACAGUUCUAACCCUGGGUUCAGACCGCAAGCAUUCAAAGCAGAGGUUGGGUAACUAGGCCUCAGGCAGACUUCAGGAGCCUGAGACAUUUGUCAGAGCUGAAGAUCUCUCCCAGCUGGAAGAUAACAUCUUGAGAAUGUGACUGCAUGUUAUUCCCUUGGAGGCUGUAGCCUGCAAAGAGCCCUCAAGGGAUGCCUGGGUUUGUCGGUGGUGGGGAGCAGAGCGCGGUAUAAUGUUACAACAUCCAGGACUCUUUGGAGCUGCCAAAUGCAAGCUGUACUUAAGCUGGUUGCAGCUGUGUGUCAGUGUUUUGAUCCAGGCCCCUUCCAUGGGGCUUUGGUGUAAGUAGGGGCUGCAGUUACUAGAGAAGUGUGAUGGGGGAAUUGAAUGCAAAUGGGCACCAGGGUGAGGGGAGACCUGAGUCCCACCCACCAGCUGCACCUCCUUGCCAAUGUGAGGAUGAUAAGAAGCUGCUGGUUCCUUUAGCUCAGUAUUGUCUAGCCAGGGGUGGGGAAUCUUUUUGACCAAACCCUGUGGGCAAACCUGUCAAAGCUGACCAGCAGGAGCAAAGGGAGAUAGCGGUCAAAUGUGAUUGAAUCCCCUGCACGUUAGCUGAUGAGCUAGAGUUCAGUCCCGCUUUCUGCAGGAAAUCUAGCUGAGUCUUUACCUGCCUCACACCUGACAUUGCAUAUGGUGUCAGGUGUGGGCAAAUGGGCAUGGUUUGGGGAAAAUGGCCUGGUAGGACAGAUUUCUCCCAUGAGCCAGAGGUUCCCCACCCCUGGUCUGAACUGAUGGACAGUGACUUUCCAGGACUUUAGACAGGGCAUCCCUGGAGACACCAGGAUUUGAACUAGGGACCUUCAUGCAUGCAGAGCAGAUGUUCUUUCACUGAGCUACAGUACUUCACCUGUGAAGCACUCCCAGUGGCAACCUAUAAGGCAGCAUUCCCAAUUGUAUUAUCUUGCCUUUCCUCCAGGGUGCUCAGAAUAGUGUGCAUAAGAGUUGAAUCCUCCUUUUUGUUCUCUACUAUUUGGGAGUAAGACUUUGGGAUAGUGACUGAGAUCAGGUAUAUUCCGUGUGCUUCAUGGACCCAGUGGGCAUUUGACCCUAGCAGCUCUCCCUGGGAGCCGCGCUGAGACUUGUGAUAAAUGUGAUGUAUAAGAACUCAUUGGCUUAUCUUCUGCAAGGUGAGGGCAUGCACGCAUGAUCUUCCCUGGUAAUAUGUAACGGGCAAGUAUAUGGGUUUUGUUUUGCUUUUUCUGUAUGUUGUGAAGUUCCUUCCGCCCUCAACCACCACAAUCUCUUCCCACAGAAGGACUUGAGGAACGUGUCAAGCAGAAGGACCUGGGUGAUGGGGUGUAUGGUUUUGAGUACUACCCCACAGUUCCUGGCAACUACACAGUCACAAUCACUUGGGGUGGGCAGCACAUCCCCCGCAGGUAAGAAGCGGGAAGGGGGGGGGAGAACUAUUUCCAUCUGAAAGAGAGGAGGGAGGGGAUGCUUGCUGAGACUCAGGGAGAUACUAUGAGUUAUAAGGGUGCCUUGAAUCUCUUCCUUGCCUUGAUCCUUCUAGCAUUCAACUUGAUGGUCUCAGCUGUAGAGUUUUCAUUUCAUUUAUAUUUGAAUAAUUUAGAUACUACUUUUCAGUCCUAAAUAGAGGUCCCCCAACACCUUAUUUCUGAGGCCUUUUAGUAUGUGCCCCCCUCCCCAAGGGAGGUCUGGAGGGCGGCAGCUUGAGAACGGCCCUUUUCGGUGGUGGCUCCCUGCUUGUGGAAUCCUCUCCCCAGAGAGGCAUUCCUGGUUACCCUCUUUAUCAGUUUAUGGCAAGAGGCAAAAACUUUUAUUCCCUCCCAUUUGUUGCAUCUUCCUUGCUCAUCUUCUAGACCUGUCUUUUUAUAUCUUAUUGGUGUUUUGGUUUUUUAUACUUGAUUGAAAUCUUUGUUUUACAAUUCACUUUGGGCCAGUUUCCAUGAAAAAAGCAACUAACAUGCUGUGAACCACCCUGGGAGCUUUGGAUCAAGGGUGGUGUACAAAUUUAAUAAAUGUAAGAAAUAAGUAAAAUAAACAGACCGCACAACUAAAAUCCUAGGUAAAAUACACUUAAAAACAGAGCAGAUUGGGGCUUUGAUUCCAAUUAACCAACAGGAGAGCCGGCAUGGCUUCCAGAGGGGGUGGAGAUCUAGCAUUGGUGCAGUAUGUCUCCUCUUCUGGGGGAAUGAGUGUUCUCUUUCAGCCUGCAGACUUAUAGGUGUUCCCGUGUUUUGCACAAUUCCCUGAGGGGUGAGAGGGGCAAACACAAUCUGCUACUCAAGAGAUUUAUAAGUAGGCAAAUAGACUAGGUAGGACUUAAUUGGGGACCUGUGGUUUUUUUGGGAUGGGUGGCUGUCCAAUCACAGCAAUAGCGCACAGGGCCUGACUAAGGCAUUUGCUGCUUAAGUGGAGCAAUUGAUGACUCCGCCUCCAAGCCUAAGUGCUCAGUCAGCCAAGCUGUUUUGGCACCUGAGGCAGAAAAUCCCACAAGGGCCACUCCUUCUUUCCCUGGCAGUGUACAACAUAGCUGUAAUAAAUUAACCAUUUGCAGUCCUUUUGCGACACACAAAACCAGCUGGCCCCUCAGUCUACCAAAUGAUAGGGCUGGCCUCCUGCAGCUUUCUUGUUCUGUAGUCUGAUACCUCCUCAUGUGAUGACUUGCAAGUGUGCUUGCCGCACUGCUGGAGCAAACUGGAGCAGGCAAGUUUCAUUAGCAAAUCGGCCUGUUAAAAUAAUCCAUUUUAUCUUAAGGCUGAGAUUGAACAUUAAUGUUUUUUAUUCCCUCCCUCUGCCUUUUUUUUUUUUUUUUAAGCCCAUUUGAGGUAAAAGUGGGAACGGAAUGUACAAACCAGAAGGUGCGGGCCUGGGGGCCAGGCCUGGAAGGAGGCGUGGUUGGCAAGUCUGCUGAUUUCGUGGUGGAAGCCAUUGGUGAUGACGUUGGCACGCUAGGUAACCGGCAAAGUUGGGAGAGGACCAGUGGCUUGGCGUUUAUGGUAUUGGUGUUUACGCAAUGCGUAACUGACUUGGGGAAUUCAUUGUCACAGUGUGGUGGCCUCCUAGCUUAGAUGGCUCCAAAGCUCAAACAGAUUUCUGAAGGAUGCACUUCUCAGUCAGCAUUGGCCUUGACGCUAAAUGGAGCCUCCAGGUUCCUGGAUGGUAUGACUUGGUGUUCAGGGAAAAGGGACAGUCAGGGAACCAGUAACAUCCUUACCUGGGAUCUCUUUGCCUGAGGAAGCCCACCUGCCCCUUCAGCUGCAGUCACCUUGGGCAGCUUUUUUUUUUUUUUUUGAAUAAUUUUUAUUAAAGUUUUAAACAAAGAAAAAAGAAAAAACAACACACACACACAAAAAAAACAAUACAAAAUUUAACAAUAAAAACACACAACAUAACAAUUUAAAACAAACUCUCUUUACAUUCCCAAUUUUGAAUUACUUAUUUUCUGGACUUCCUCAUACCUCCCUCUUUUGUAUUCCAAUCUACAUUAUUUGUCCAGCAGUUUCUUUUCCACUUUUUUAAACCCAAUCUUUAAUUUAAUGAAAUAUUAAACUAUAUAGCUUCAGCUUUUUUAAACAUAAUCCUUGUUCUUAAUGUCAUAUACCUUUAAAUUUUUCCCUUUUUAUUAUCAAAUUUCCAUUUCUUUAAACAUCUUUAAUCUUAAUCUUUAAUCUUAAUCUAUCCUUAGCUUUAACCUGUACAGCUGGAAACCACUUAUUUUCAAUCCAACAUCACUUUAACAUUCCUUAAUUUUGCAGUGUUUCUGAAGAUAGUCUUUGAAUUUCUUCCAAUCUUCCUCCAUCGACUCUUCUCCCUGGUCACGGAUUCUACCAGUCAUUUCCGCCAAUUCCAUAUAGUCCAUAAGUUUCAUCUGCCAUUCCUCCAGCGUGGGAAGUUCUUGUGUCUUCCAAUACUUUGCGAUGAGUAUUCUUGCUGCUGUUGUUGCAUACAUAAAUAAAGUUCUAUCCUUUUUUAACACCAUUUGGCCCACUAUGCCCAGGAGAAAGGCCUCUGGUUUCUUGGGGAAGGUAUACUUAAAUACCUUUUUUAAUUCAUUAUAUAUCAUUUCCCAGAAAUUAACCAAUGCAGGACUAGCUGUCAAAAUAUAUUACAAGACAGUACCUCUUUUUUUUUUCCUAGGAUCUGGAGAGUCCUUUCCCAGGAAAUUGAGUGAUGGUUUAAUCUCUUCUUUUCCACUCUUAAUAAAGAAAUCACCUCCAAAGAUCUCCCCCUAUUUUCCCUCAACUUAUAGAGGGAAAGUCCAGGUUCAGUGAUUGGAUUAAAGUCCUCUAAAAACGUCCUUUCCAAAAGCUUCCGUUUUCAAGUUCAAUGCUUUAAGUCUAUCUACAAUAGAAGGAGGUUGACUUCCUUUUAAACCUCCUCCGUUUUCAGCCUGAUUUCAGAUCUAAUUUGUACAGUUCCAAUUUGAGUAAAUCCUACUCACGGAUCGUUGCUUUCCAAGUCCGAAUUUCAAGAAAGAAAGGCAGCGCUCUCCGAUUGACAGCUUGCGGCUUCACUCCACGAACGAGCAGACAGCCCACAGCACCGCGCUCUCCCCCGCUCCGAUUUCAAGCCCGUUUCUGGGCUGUUUGCUGGGUUGGGGGGGAACACCAAAUGUGCCCGCUGGGUCCCAGGUUCACAGGCUUCCCCCCGCCUGUGAUUUUUAGGGGUCCCCCGCUGCGCCGAAGCGGGAUUCGACCCUUUUUUCGUGGGGCUUAUUCCCUCUGACCGAGGGAAUCCGCCAUCAAUCGCUGGCGCCGCCUCCGGAAGUCCCACCUUGGGCAGCUUAAGGCCUUUGCUCCUAGGUGGAGCUUUGUUUAGCCACCUUUUUUACUUUUACCUUGUCUGUGUAUUCAAAAAUUGUUUAAAUGACUUUCAUUUGGUUCUAAGCAGCCUUCAGAACCUGUGUAGAAUUAGUAGUCAGCCUUAGACACCGAUAGGCUAUCAGUGUUUAAGCUAAAUACAAGCAGCUGAAGUCUUCAGGAUAACGUAACUGUUGUCUAGUGGCCGCGAUAGGCAUUUCCGAGUGUCGGUUUAACUGUGAGCUAAUGCCUGGUUCUCCAUGUGCUCCUGGCAGGCUUCUCUGUGGAGGGUCCCUCGCAGGCCAAGAUUGAGUGUGAUGACAAGGGCGAUGGCUCCUGCAACGUGCGCUAUUGGCCUCAGGAGCCAGGCGAAUAUGCAGUCCAUGUGCUCUGCAACAACGAAGACAUCAAGCUCAGCCCCUUCAUGGCAGAAAUCAAAGCUGCUCCCAAGGACUUCUACCCAGAGAAGGUAAGUGUCUGCAUGAAGGAGACUCCUUUUGGGAUGGUGCAUCCUGGCACUCUUGUGUGUCUAUGUAUAGGGCUGUGAGGGAAGCAGAACUGAGAACCAGUAACUGGCCCAGAUUGGUGGCUUGAGAGCUCGUCACGACCACGUCUGUAGGGGUGUCUUGCCAACUGCUCUUCCUGGUGUGAGCAUACACAUUAUUGGAAAGCUGAUCUUGGCUGUAAAGGUUCUAGGCCUUAUGACUGUGAAAGAACUUGGGGUAGUUGGAGGUCACAGUUAAGGGAAGGGUUGAGUGGUGCUUCUGGUUGAGGAGUGGCAAUGGUAGAAAAAGGUCUUCAAGCACAUUGUCCCUUUUGGCAAUCCAAGCUUUUAUUUUGAUUUGCUGUCAGCCUGUGGGGUUCUGCUGUCCUUCUCCCCACCACCAAGUGCUCAUGAUGGGGAUUGUGCAAGAUUAGCUCGAGCUACAUGGGAGUAGCAUCCCCCAAAAAAUUUCCAGCAUGGAGUUGUGUGCUUGGCACAGCUCUCACAACCUCAAGUGUUGUGUCCAUGCUCCAGCCAUUCCUGCUGAGAGAAGGGACCCCCACCCACUGUUUUUUAGCCGUAAACCUUAUGAUGACCAGUGCAGUGUGUUCUAACUGUGCAGAAGUUGCUUUGGAGUUCACACCUCUCUUCCAACUCCUCUCCAGGUCAAAGCCCAUGGUCCAGGCUUGGAGAAAACGGGCGUUGCGGUCAACAAGCCAGCUGAGUUCACGGUAGAUGCCAAGAGUGGUGGAAAGGCUCCCCUCAAGGUACAAGUACAGGUGAGACUUGGCGCUUGUGCUAUGGAGGAGGCAUAGCUUUAUCUCGUGCUGUCGCUAUGCAGAAAGGGAGAAGAGGCUUCCAGGAUGCUGAUCUUACCACAGAGGACUACUAGGGAAGUGUGCCAGAUGCUAAGCUGCUCCUGUUUUUGUUUCUCCGUUGCAGGACUCUGAAGGAUCCCCUGUGGAUGUCUCUGUGAAGGACAAUGGCAAUGGCACCUACAGCUGCUCCUACCUGCCCAAGAAGCCCGUAAAGCACACAGCAAUGGUGUCGUGGGGCGGAGUCAACAUCCCCAACAGUCCCUACAGGGUUGGUGUUCUCUGUAUUCCACCCCACCCCCAAAUCACACUCUGAAAGCAAAGGACGGAUGGAUAGCUUAGUUGGUUAGAGCGUGGUGCUGAUAACACUAAGGUUGCAUAUUCCUGCAUUGCAGGGGGUUGGACUAGAUAACCCUCAGGGACCCUUCCAACUUUGUGCUUCUUUGUGUCUUUCCCUUACCAAGUAGCUAAAUAAACUUAUUUCCCCUUGCAAGCAGAUAGCUAGGUCAGGUGUAGACUAUAGCUGUCUGUGUGCAGGGUCUUACUGGGCUGGUGUGCUUGUUGUGUAGAUUUUUUAAUUACUAAUCACAUGUUACAUCACAUUGUUUUUCCGUCUCUCACUCUAGGUCAACGUUGGUGCUGGCAGCCACCCCAACAAAGUGAAAGUGUAUGGUCCUGGUGUGGCAAAGACUGGCCUGAAGGCUCACGAGCCAACCUACUUCACAGUGGACUGUGCAGAAGCCGGGCAGGGUGAGUCCAGAAGGGCUUCUGUCACCUGGAGUCCAGGCCAAGAAGCCCCAGGGCAGGACUGGUCAUGCUGGAAGCACAGCUCUGAUAAGCUGGUUGUCUUCUGUUGAUGCCCCCCCCAACAGAGCUGGAAGCUCAGAGGGUGCUUCGUUCUGGAGGGUAGACACUGUGUGCAGAACUGCAGGGGGCUUGCGCUGGCCCACUGCCCCAGAACGGAGUCCAUAAACAGUGGGCUCGCAACUUACACUCACAUUACAUACACAAUCGCAACCUAUGCGGGUGGGUGAGAAAAUAAAUAAAUGGAGAGCAGGGCAAACUUGCCAGUCCCCCAGUCUCUUUGUUUAUUUAUUUCCUCCCCCCGCCACUCAGCUGGUUUUUCUUGCUUACUGGGAUCAGGGCAGGUCGCAGGAGGGUCCUGGGAUGCUCCCUUCCCAGAGCCCAGGAUGCAGCCCUCUGUCUUGUUGAGGUGGUGGUUUCCUGACUUUGCACUACUUUUCUUUGUGUGCGGACAACUUCAACUGGAACCCGAGCCCUUGGGCCAACUCUAAUGAGCUUCACCAGGUCCUUGUCCCUGGCCUUACUACAGCCUCUACCUUUUAAAAUAGCAAAACAAGAGUCUCUGUAACAAAUUCUUUCAGUUGAAACCCAUUCACUUUCAUCCUUUGAGGCCACAAAAGCUUAUGCCAUAAUAAAUUUGUCUGUCUGUCUAAAGACUGUCACAAGACUUCAUUGUACUGUAUUUGUUCCCAACAAGCUGGCACAGCUACCCUUCUGUGUAUAUUUUUACCUUUUUUGAGACUCCUCUAAAAUAUAUCCCAGUGGCUUUAGCCCCCAAUGGCUAAGUGGAGUGUCCAUGUUGGAAGCACUGCCCUUCUGGCCCCAUAAGCGGCUUGUGUCAUUGUACAUGUUGCCUACUAUUGGGGAGAGCGGAUGCUGCACUUUGCAUCAGAGUUUGUCUGCCGCGUUGUGUCUUCUUCAUAUUCUGUUGGAGUGGCUGGAGCAACCCAGGCAGAUGGGUGGGCUUACAAGUAAUUACAAGUGGUGGGGAUUGUCAGUUAAGUGGGAGUAGAGAAGAAACCUUUUCUUGCAUAAAACGACACUGAGAAUAUUUUUCAUUGAAGGGGUUGCCCUUGGUCUCCCUCCCUCUUCUUCUGCUGACAGCUAAGGAAACAAUAGAGAAAGUUGUGCAAUCUGUUCCUGCUCCCUCUGCAGAGAUCAGCCGCUCCCUUCUUUAUUGCCCAGUUCAGCAGAUCCUUUUGUAUCCUAAUAGCUGUUGCUUGCUGCCUCAUUUAAUGUUUAGAAGCAUUGACCCUUUAGAGUUCCUGUAAUUGGGAGGGCUCUCCAGGGCUACGCAUCCUACAGUGCAGGGUGAGGGAGAAGUAAGGAGAAAGGGAAGAGCCGUGCUUCUCCUGACCCCCAACACUCACUCACUCUUGUGCUUGGACCAGUGGCAUAGCGUUGGUUGCCGGCACCUGGAGAGAGCGCUUGCCAGCCCACCCUCACCACCAGCGCCAACGCAAAGCAGGGCUGCCCUGAGACUCUUGCCUGCCUGCCUGCGCAGAGGGGAUCCUGGCCAGGGGGGAUCCUUGGCGAGUGGAGAGAAGCACUGAGGUCAAAAAUUGUGUUCCUGGGGCCAUGGCACCCCUGGCACACUACACCCCUGGCUUGGGCCACACCAAACCAUGGCUUGAAGGUCUCCAAACAUGCUUUAAGGCUUCCAGGCUUCCAAACAUCUUCUUUUGCUCCCUGCUCGGCAUUUCACCUUCUAGCUACAGUGGCCUGCAAAAGUGGAGCACCAGCUAUCAACUGUGCCUUAUCUGUUUCAAUGCUAAAUAAUAGCUAAACUUCCUUCACUGUUGUCUUGCAUUAGAUCUGAGUCAGGCCACACUCUAAUACUGUUUAAGUGUGUCCCUGAACAGUCAUUGGCAAUGAGAUGAGCAGUCCUUUUUUGUUUUUAUCAUCAUUCUCUUUCCCUCAAGGCCUCUUCCCUGUUAGUUGCUGACUGCUCCUCUGUCCAUGAGACACAACAAGGGCAUUGUUGCAUAUAAAGCUAGAAGUGCCUUGAGUUAUUUACCCACUCCAUGGACAUGUAUGGCUUGCUGGGUUUUCUUUGCUGUCAUUUGGACAGUUGUGGUUUUCCCAAAGGGUUCUGGGCAUUAUAUUUUGGGGAGGAUGCCAAGAAACCUAUAGCCCUCCCUUGCAGAAGUCACACCCCACACCCCAGCAAGCCUGGAUGCUAUAGGACAGGAUGCUGGCCUCUGUUGCCAAACUGAAACCUGGUCAUGAAGACUCUUCCUCUCUACUUCGGUGGACUCCUUAAACUACUUGGAAUCACUUCCUAUUGUGUUCAGUAGGGCUUACUUUCAGGUCAAGGUUUCAUAGUACUGCUGCCUUAGGUCAUGAUCUCACACUGCAUCUCCAUCAGAGGCCAGGAAUGAUUAUGAUGAUUCCCUUCUCUCCACUCCAGCUGCAAACCUUUGGAGCCAGUCAGUAGCUAGGUGUUACUUGAGUACCCACCUGUUGCCUUCAGUAUUAGAGACCUGCUACACCAGGAAUGCGGGUGGUGCUGUGGGUUAAACCACAGAGCCUAGGACUUGCCGAUCAGAAGGUCGGCGGUUUGAAUCCCCGCAACGGGGUGAGCUCCCGUUGCUCAGUCCCUGCUCCUGCCAACCUAGCAGUUUGAAAGCACGUCAAAGUGCAAGUAGAUGAAUAGGUACCGCUCCGACGGGAAGGUAAACAGCAUUUCCGUGCACUGCUCUGGUUCGCCAGAAGCAACUUAGUCAUGCUGGCCACAUGACCCGGAAGCUCCCUCGGCCAAUAAAGGGAGAUGAGUGCUGCAACCCCAGAGUCGGCCACGACUGGACCUAAUGGACAGGGGUCCCUUUACCUUUACACCAGGAACAGGGAACUCAUGAUCCUCCAGAUCAGCAGGUCUCAACCUGUGGGUCCCCAGAUGUUGUUGGACUACAACUCCCAUCAUCCCUGAGCUCUGGCCUUGCUAACUAGGGGUGAUGGGAGUUGUAGUUCAACAACAUCUGGGGACCCACAGGUUGAGAAUGGCUGCUCCAAAUGGUGGUGUUGGACUACAACUCCCAUCUUCCCUGACCACUAGCUGUUUUGAUUGGGGCUGAUGGGAAUGGAAGUUAAAUGCCACCUGGAGGGCCACAGGUUCCGCAUCUCUGUGCUGCACCUUUGGGAAGGCCACAAUAAAGCAACUGGGUUCCAGUUAAAGCUGCUGUCUCACUCCCACUUCUUGCUUCUUAAAAGGUGACGUGAGCAUCGGCAUCAAGUGUGCACCAGGCGUUGUGGGCCCAGCAGAGGCAGAUAUAGACUUUGACAUCAUUCGGAAUGACAAUGACACCUUCACAGUCAAGUACACCCCCCGCGGUGCUGGCAGCUACACCAUUAUGGUGCUUUUUGCUGACCAGGUAAGAGCUCCUCUUACUGCAGAAGGGUGGGGGUGGGGAGGAGGCAACACGGGUGUAGAAAGCAGUGUUUUCACUUGCUUCAUGUUCAUCUGCAGGCCACCCCCACCAGCCCCAUCAGAAUCAAAGUGGAUCCCUCACAUGAUGCCAGCAAAGUCAAGGCCGAGGGACCUGGACUCAACAGGAGUGGUGAGCUGGGGGACACUCUGUAAAUGGGGGUGAAUUGGGGCUGAACUGUAUGGCUGGGUAUCAGGAUCCUUGGAGCCUAAGCUUAGAGCAACGAUGACUAAAAUUCCCCCCAAAGGUACCUGUUUCUCUUAAAAUUUGUGCAGGAGCUUUGAAGCUCCAACUCUUUAGACCCACUGAUUCCCAUACUUAGACGUAUGCAUGACUCUGGAUCCAGGACCGUGCUUGUGUUAUGGACUGCCAAAUAGUGGGGGCAUGAUUUAUCAAUCCUUGGUGGGAUAGGGCUUUGUUAGUCCUCAGUACUCCUUGAGGAGCAUUUCUACCCCUCCCUCCCACACUGAUAGGAUCCUGCGAGUAACCAGGGAUUAUUGGGAAUACUCCCAGGAGGUCACAUGGUGAGGAAGGGGCUGUGGUUGGGUUACAGGCCUUCCUUCCUCUGCUGUCCAAAGUUUCUCCCAAGUUUAUGAGGAGAGGGCAUCUAAGGGCAUUCUCUCUCCCAUCUCUUAGGCAGAAAUCCUCAACCACCCCUUUGGAAGUCAAGAGUGGAUGGUGUGAGGAAGGAAAUGGGAAUACUGAGCCUCUAGUAUGGACAGCUGAAGGCAGCUGACAAAAGCAUUUUAUUGAGUGUCCCAAUUUGCAAAAUGGGUAGAACUCAAACCUAGGCAAGAGGUGGUUUUGGGCGAAUGGUUUGUGUCCUAAACUGGAUGAUUGGGGUGGGGGGAUUCCAGUAAGCUUUGUACUAAGGAGCUUGUUAGAAAAGUUGUUUAACUUUCACCUCCCUUCACUACAGGUGUGGAGAUAGGCAAACCAACCUACUUCACAGUCAACACAAAGGCAGCUGGCAAGGCUAAGCUGGAUGUCCAGUUCACUGGCCCAGCCAAAGGAGAGGCUGUUAGAGACUCUGAAAUAAUUGACCACCAUGACAACACUUAUACUGUCAAAUACACCCCUGUGCAGCAGGUGAGUGAUGGGGAGGAGACAUGGGAUCUUAAGGGCUCUCUUAUCCCUGAGGCAAGAUUUCUUGGUCAGUAGCAGACUUCAUCCCAGAAAACGCAAAGCCGGCUAGGAUCUGGCGUCUUCAAACUCUAAUAAGAGCAAGGAAAGAGGAACCUGGAGUGGCAGCUUUAGGCAAAUAGGAUGGUUUGUGGCUUGCAUGUAGGGUUGGUGUUCUAGCCUAGCCUUGUCCUGGAUGUGCUGUAUGCAAGGUCUUCCCCCCCGCCCCACGGAGGAGCCCUUGCUAAGUGUCGGGAGGUGUUGCUGUCCAGAUACAGGCUUACAGUCUCAAUUAAAGUAGGCUUUAGAAUCUACUCAGGUUACAAACUAGAUUUGGCUGUGGCUUGGAGCUGGCAGGAUGAGGGCGGGAGAAGGCUGUCUCUUUAUCACUCAAAAAUGGUGUCUUUAAGUGAUGACAGUCAUGGUUCUUGACUUUCAGGGUAACAUUGGAGUGAAUGUUACAUAUGGAGGAGACCACAUCCCCAAAAGCCCUUUCAGUGUGGGAGUUGCACCCACCCUGGACCUCGGCAAGAUCAAGAUCUCUGGACUUGGCGACAGUAUGUAUCCCAGUGACUUAAAUGCUGGACACAGCAGUGCCUGUAUCUGCUUUUUGCUAAUCCUGGGAAAGGGUGAUGAGCUACAUACCGUGUUGACCUCUAACCACUCUGCAUCUAGCAUUUAUGACAUCAUUAAGGCAUACUUUUGGCCAGCAUGAGGGCUAGAAACCUGCUUCUAAAACAGGCAUAUGGAUCUCCAGAUUUUUGCAGCAGUAACAGGACAGGCUCUUUGUGAAGUCAUCCUGGCUCUGGUUGCAUCACUGCAUGCCUCUAUUAUUUCAUCUGUUCAAAAUUUCAAGCUGCGGUCUUUCUUGGCUGGUAUACCCAAAGAAAAUGUCUUUAAAAUGUAAAAGUCUUUGCUCAUUAGAGUAAGCCUAAUUUUAUAAAAGCAGGACAAGAGUCAAAUUUGGGAAUAAGGUAAGAUAGCUCCAGUAAAAGUAUUGUGUUCCUACAAGUUAUAAUUUGAUCUAAACCCACCCUUACAUUAGUUAGCUUGUCUCUGCCCCCCUCCUUUCAAAUGAAGAUUGAGUUGAACUAGUUCAGUCUUCCCCCAACUUGGUGUUUUCUAGAUGUUUUCAACUACAAUGUGCUUGGGGCGAACCAUGUUGUAGUCUAAAACAUCUGGAGGAUACCAGAUGUGGAGGAGGGUGAUGCCUGAACUGUACAGCUGCUGUUUACACAACCCUUGUUGGGUUUCUUUUUUAAAAAAAAAAUUCUUAAAAGGUAACCACCUAAUAAAAAAAAUGAUCUAUCACACACUUAAAGGUCUACUUUGCUUCUCUGCAGUCAUUGGCUUGUCUGAAGUAGGUUGGCCAUGUCAAGUUAAUCCCUGAGGAUUACAAUACAGCCAGUGUUUGCAGCUGGCUGGUAAAGCCUUCUGGGGUCAGACCAAGAGCCCAUCUGUUCCUGCAUCCCUUGGGAGGUUUUGGCCCCUGCAAAGCAGAUUCAGGCAGCUCAGAAGAAAUGUCCACAUUGAGAAGUCUUGCAUUAAUAGGGUUUUGCAGGCCUGCAAUUUUGCAGAGCAAAUGUAGAAUAGUUUUGCUCUGUUGUUUGCUGUCUUGGGUUUAUGAGUUCCAGGAGGCAUUGUCCUUCAAGCAGACUCACUUUUGCAAAUGUACUUUUACAGCCAUAAAAACUAGAGUAGGACCUUUCCUGAGUCCUGGGGCCAAAUCACAUUGCACUUAAAACACAGAGUUCUGCCCAAAAUGGCGGCAGCAGCACAUCUAGGACUCCUGGUUCCCAUCCGCAUCCUCUCCCCCAGCAGCAACCCACCCAUUAGAACUUGCCCUGGGGUUUCAGUCAGCUGCAUUUUUGCCAACCCAGCUCCCGUCAUCCUCUUCACCAGCCUGUGAUGUGAAGCAGCGACAUCAUCAUUUUAUUUGUAUGCUUCCCUCCUACAAAAAAAUCAAAGCAGCUUUUGCAGCCUAGGAAACGGGAAUGCAUCUCAAUCGGUUGUCACAAUAACAAUUUCACGGCAAAAGAAAAUCACAAUGGCAAAUAUAAUAACGUACAAAACCCAUAAUUGCAGUGCUAUAAAUAUAACAAGAUUACAUUAACACCACACCUCCUGGCAAUAGCAGAAAUAACAAGGGGAGCUGGGCGGUUUCCCCUUGGUUCUAGCAAAUGCACCUCCCGUGGUGUUGCCUAUUGUGGCAGGACUAGCAAGCCUGCUGCAUGUUAAGGGUGAAGCUCAAUGCAAUGGCCUUUUGGCAGCUGUGCGAGUCUGCAGAAUGAUUCUAAGCUAUUGCAGCAGCAUUCUCCUCCUGCCCAUCUCCACCCUCCCCCUUGACACAUUGCAGUUUCUGCGCUAUGCAUGUGUGUACAUUCCUCCCCAUACCAUGUGGCAGAGCCUCCACACAAUAAAAAUCCCUGUCAACCCAUCUGUGCUCCCAACAUCAGCAAGCUUUAAACUGGUCUUGUGGAGUCUUGCCCUGACAAGAUUGGGGGCAUUUUGUCACACAGGCAAUCAUCUACUACAACCCCCCCAGGAAGGGUUUUGGGGUUCCAUGGAGGUCAAACCAUGAUGGGAAAAUUCCCCAUUUUUAGAUGCCUCCCAAGUGGCAGCUGGAUUAAAAAUCUUUGCUUCCUGGAGACCUGCCAGGGCCAAAUGAUUGGAAGCACUCCAAGGUCUUUGUUUUUUCAGGAAACAUUAGUCAUGCCAGUAUUUCUCCCUCCCCGCAACUUAACCCCAGCCACAAAGUAUUGUCACCUUCUCUAGGCCUUAGGAAGUGGUGCCAUAAAUCUGAGAAACCGCUGUCUAGGAAUCCAGUGGAUGGUUCUGUCUUUGCAAUUCUUAAGCCGCUCUCUAUAGGGCAGACAAAGCAGUGGAUUUGGGGGUAGGAAUACUUGGCCCGGAAGAGGAGGAUCUCUCCCCUCCUUUUUUAAUUCAAAGGGCCAAAUACACUUAAGAUCUGACACAGACAUGCACAUGUAUGUAUACCCCGACUCUACCCCCCGCACAUUGUUUUUUGCAGAAGUGGAAGUGGGCAAGGACCAGGAGUUCACCGUCAAGUCCAAGGGUGCUGGUGGCCAAGGCAAGGUGGCUGCCAAGAUCACAGGCCCCUCCAGCAAGCCUGUGCCCUGCAAGGUGGAGCCAGGCCUCAGCUCCGACAACAGCGUGGUGAAGUUCAUCCCCCGGGAAGAGGGGCCUUAUGAAGUAGACGUGACCUAUGAUGGUGUGCCAGUCCCAGGCAGCCCCUUCCCUGUGGAGGCUGUACCCCCCACCAACCCAUCCAAGGUAGGAGCUCCACACACACACACACACACACACACACACACACACAGGCACCCCAUUAACGUGGCAGAGGGAUUGGGCCUUGUUGGCUGAUUCAUAGUCUCUGUGUGGAGGUGCAGAACAGCUGUCUGCUCACCACCUCCUGUGUUCUAGAACUCUGGGCGGUUUCUUGCAGCAUGUAUGUGGUGGUGGUCUCAUGGGGCAUGCACAGAGUGCCCUGUUUUUGAAGUGCCUUUCCUCACCGAAUUUGUUUUGUCCUAAAUCUUGACUUUUCUUUCUUCCUGUCUCAAACCUUCCAUUCUUGUAACUUCACAGUACAAUAACAUUCUGACCUAGCUAGUGAGCUCUAGCCAUUUCAUGUACUUAAACCAAGCCAAGUGGGCCUGGUUAGGGGGCAUACGGAGGCCCUGUGGGCAGGAAACCACUAUUAUGCAGACAGCAAGUCCUUAAAAGUCUAGAUUAAUCUGACAGUGUGGAUGUUGGUUCUUCCAGUGGGUGGGGGGCUUAAAUAUUUUUGUGUGUGCACGUGCCUAAUAAAGAGUAUGUGUGACCAUAGUAGGAGAGACGCAUCCUCUCCCUGGGCAAAUUAGUGCUUGAGUUUCCAAAAAAACCCCCCCAAAACCUGAAUGCCCUUAAUUCUUCUUUCCUGAAAAGGAGGGCUUGUCUAGUAGUGCAGACUUGAGUCGAGGUGGGGGCUGUAAUGACAAAUUUCUGGGUGGGGGAGCAUGCUGUUCUCCUCCAUAUGUUGUAAGACUCCAAGUCCUAUCAUCCCUGACCAUUGGCCAUGCUGGCUGCUGGGACUGAAAUGGCACCUGGAAGAGGGGCCCCGGUCCUCCCUGGACUAGAACCUUCUCAUCGCUGUGUUAAUUUGUCUCUGGAUGGUUGCCGCUGUAGAUGGAGAUCUGCACACAUCUCCAUGAACUCAGUCACUCAGAGCCCUGCAUAGAUCUGAAGGGGCAAGUUGACCAUUUAUAAAGCAUUUAUCUUCAUCUGGGUGCAGCAAAAAGUCACCUUUUGAAGGUGGGAGGGUUUGCCUUGAUAAAUCCUUUUUAUUUAAAGGUCUUGUUUGAUGGGACAAAGUGACCAUGAAGCAUUCUUCUUCUGUCUUCUCUUUCCUUGUUCCCCCUGCCCUUGGCCUGUCCCAGGUGAAGGCCUAUGGACCAGGCCUGAAGGGUGGCUUGGCUGGCGCUCCUGCCCCCUUUACCAUAGAUACCAAAGGGGCUGGCAACGGAGGCCUUGGCCUGACUGUGGAGGGCCCUUGUGAGGCCAAGAUCGAGUGCCUGGACAAUGGAGAUGGCACCUGCUCCGUCUCUUACCUGCCCACGGAGCCUGGCGAAUACAACAUCAACAUCCUCUUUGCUGACACCCAUGUGCCGGGCUCUCCCUUCAAAGCCCAGGUGUUGCCUGGCUUUGAUCCGUCCAAAGUGAAGUGUUCUGGGCCAGGGCUGGAGCACGCCACAGUGGGGCAGGCGGGAGAGUUCAGCGUGGACUGCUCCAGCGCCGGCAGCGCAGAGCUUACCAUUGAGAUCAUUUCGGAAAGCGGCACACAGGCUGAGGUCCACGUGCGGGAUAACGGCGAUGGCACCUACACCAUCACUUACAUCCCUCUCUGCCCGGGUGUCUACACCAUCACAAUCAAAUACGGUGGGCAGCCUGUGCCAAACUUCCCCAGCAAGCUCAACGUGGAACCAGCUGUGGACACGUCUGGAGUUAAAGUCUACGGGCCCGGAGUGGAAGGCAAAGGUGAGGCUGGCUGGGCCCUCUCCUCGGAAGAGACAAAAGGGGUAGAAAGUCAAACCUGUUAUAUACUGGUGACAAUUGGGCACAGUAUGCUGGUAAACCAUUUUGUCCUGAGCCUGGGGCUUCAUAAUAAGGGGCUUGGAGGUGUAGGCUAGGGAGGAGAGUAAUGGGGGGUGAAGACCCUUCAGCUCAAGCUUGGCUGUGAUAGAUGGCCUCCAUCUUGCCCUGAGCAUGUCUUAUUUGGCCUGGGGAUACUUCAGGCGAUGGGUGCAAACACCUUGGGGCUUUGGCUCAGACCCACAUUCCAAAUUACUUUCCCAGGUGAUGCUGGAUACAGUGUAGGGCCUCGGGUCAUUCAUGAAACAGGAUGCAAAAUGAGACUGGGUUGGGAGAGUCCUGUUGUGCAGCCUCCUUCCGUAUUCCGUGACUUCUGACCCUGCUUGUGCUCACCAGGUGUGUUCCGUGAAGCCACCACAGAGUUCAGCGUAGAUGCACGAGCCCUGACUAAGGCUGGAGGCCCUCAUGUCAAGACGAGAGUGUCCAAUCCCUCAGGAAACCUGACCGAGAGCUAUGUGCGUGAUAAUGGGGAUGGGACCUACAAUGUGGAGUACACUCCAUAUGAAGAUGGUGAGAGAGCUGUGUAGCGGCAGGGAGGGGUGUUCAUGAUGUGGGGAGCCCCCUUGGUACUGAUGGUGCAGACCCUAAUGGAGGGCUGUGGAUUUCCAAGAUCCUCUUCAACGCUUGCCUCACAGACUGCCCUUUUUGCUUUGAAAAUGUGCCCAGUUUCAUGGCCAGUUAAAGCUGUUGUUCAGUCUUCAGUGUUGGUCACCUGAGACCUCUGGCCCUACUAUUGGGCAAGAUGAGGUGACCUCCUUUUUGGAAACUGUGGAGAGUGAAAAUGUGUGUGUAGCAUGCACACAUGCUCUUUAAUCAUGACUGUUAAGCAUGUGCUCCAUCAAACCUUUUUGCCUCAUAUAUCAAAAUGUCUUGGGCUGCUUGAGUCUGGGCAUUAAGGGAAUAGUGCCAGAGGAGUGAGCUUGGCUGCCACCAGUCUGCGCACACCUGAGGUCACAGGAGGGCUUCCGCGAUGCAUAGACUUUGAAGUUUGAAGCAUAGCACCCAAGAGCUCCAGCUUUCCCCCUUCUUCUUCUUCAGGUGUCCACUCUAUUGAUGUGACUUACAACGGCAGCCCUGUGCCGAGCAGCCCCUUCCGGGUGCCAGUAACAGAAGGAUGUGACCCCACAAGGGUUCGAGUGCAUGGUCCUGGCAUCCAAAGUGGGACCACCAACAAGCCCAACAAAUUCACAGUGGAGACCAGGUAAAACUGGAGAGAGACCAAGGAGGAUUGCUGUGCAAAGCGGCCUGAGAAAGGCAUCGCCUCCUGGUUUGGGCAGCCGACCUUGCCUGCUCCCUUGGGAGGUGCAGCCCAGCCCUCAAAAGAAGCUGUGCUAAUCUGGAAUGGGCAGGAAGGAGGUCAUCUGCUAUCCUCUAAUGGAUCACCUUGGUGACUGCUAGGAAUCUUGCAGGAAUGCUGGGCUUUAAUAUGCAAUAGCAUGAAGUAAAUUAAAAGUUUUGUGCGUUUUAUAAUAUUGCAGGCGAAGCACCUUUAGUAAAGGUUUCAUUCUUUUAGUGUUUUGAAUCUUGGUUGCUUUUAUGUGGUAAGUGACAAAUGUAAUAAAUGUGAAAGGCAUCUCUUUAAUGAGAUGAGAUCCUGGCCAGCUUUUUGCGGCCACAGUAAUGCAGCACUGAGCUAGUUAGAGAAGCAGCCUGGAAAAUGAAGUCGGCUCCUAGCAAGUAGCACUUGUAAAGGUGGGGAGAACAUAAGAAAAAAUGCUCUCUCCAUUGGGAUUCCUUUGCUUUGCAUCGAAUCUGCUUCCUUCAUGGUCCUGAAAGAUUGGCGAGAAAGUGUGUUAAAAGUAUAAGCAGGAAAACAUGGUUGGAAGGACAGAUAAGACUAGGCAGGCUGUGGUCUGAUCCAGCCACCCAGGCAAAACAAGAUAGCAUACUUAAGCUACAACUAAUCCUUAAGGCAACCAAAAUGGUUUCUUGCUCUGUGAAUUUUAAAUUUUAAAAUGCAUUGGCCUGUGGGGAUUUUAGCUUUUUAAGAGUUCACACAAGAUUCAUUGGCCCACCCCAGAACUGUUCUUAAUGGAAGCACUUCCACUUCCACUGCGCUUCUAAGUUGCUUGAACAGGAGCUUCCUAGUUCACUUCCUCAAUCUUCUUUGCCUGAGGCAAUGAGUCUGUGGCGACUCCCAACUAUCACAGGCUUUGAUUUGUUGAUCAAUUGGGGCCUUUUAGAGUCAAAACUGGUUUCUUCUUCUACAGGGGUGCUGGUUCUGGUGGACUGGGCCUAGCUGUUGAAGGUCCCUCUGAAGCAAAGAUGUCAUGCACUGACAACAAAGAUGGCAGCUGUUCAGUGGAAUACAUUCCCUAUGAACCUGGCACCUACAACCUCAACGUCACUUAUGGUGGCCACCAAGUGCCAGGUACCGAUUGGGGCUGCGUUGUGUGUGUGGCAGUGGUAGGCAGGAAGUGGCAUGGGCAACUGAUUUAUAGGUUGGUGAUGGUGGUAUCUUCUGUCGCUCUUGGCAUACAUGGCCCUAGAGAGGGAGAGGGAGCCUCUGGCCCAUGGUCCUAAUGAGGCCUGGCAGGAGUCGUAAUUUGGCCCACAAUAGUUUUCCCUGAGUCCUGCCCACCUGCCAUCAUAUAGCAUUUGGUGUGAGGCAGGUAAAGAUCCUGCCUAAAGUGGGAUUUGACUGAAUUGCUGUUGGGGAUUGCAAUGUUUUGUGCCUUUGGCCAAGUGCUUUGAUUUUGCACUGCCUGGGCAAAGGAAACACAUUGCCAGCUGCCAUGGUAACAUCAGGUGAUUGACACCUGGGUGGCCCUGCACAUCUGCCAAAAUGGCUGACAAGGUCUGGGUGACCUAGGGAUCUGGUCCACUGACCGGAAAAGAUUGCUCUUCCCUUGGCUCCACAAUUCAAUUGUUGCUCUUGAUUUUUCACCACUUUGGUGUUUUCUUUUUUGUGGGCAGGGCACUGGUGGAAAUUUAGGCUGCCUUUCUAGCCAAAAGAGAGGCAUAUAGUCCCAUUAGGCUCUCCUGGUACCUAAACAAUGAAAGCAAGAUUUCAAACUGCCCCAGGUUCCUUGGCCUAAAUAUUCCGCAAAACAAGUUUAUAUCCAUCUCUGUUUUGCGUUCUUGCUGCACUUUGUCAGCUCUCCUCUGAGCAAUCUCCAGCAAAGCAGGAGUGCGCUGGGCCUGCAGGAUGGUGUAAUGCUUAGUGUGGGAUCAAAGGCUGUGGACCGUAGGGCAUAGGGGUGGGGGACCUGUGACUCCCCAGCUCCCAUCAUUGCUGAGCAUUGGUCAUGCCGCCUGUGGCCCUUCCAGCUCUACAGUUCUAUGGUUUUAUGAUUGUAUGCUUCGCUUGAGUCCCCUGGAAGAUCAAAGAGACAGGCAAUUGGAUUGCAAAUAGGACUUGCUGGUUAGGAAAGUUGGCCUCCUGAAACACAAGCGUGGGUGGGACUCAAAAGCAAGAGACUUCUUUUAAAACUGCAUUUGAUGUAAGGAGUGUGUGCUUUACCUGAAACCCUGGAGUGGUUUCUGGGCUCAAAUCCAACUUUUUUCAUCCCCUUCUCUCUCUCUUCAUAGGGAGCCCCUUCAAAGUGCCUGUGCAUGAUGUGAUAGAUUCAUCUAAAGUUAAAUGUUCAGGCCCUGGCCUGACUCCAGGUGUUGUCAGAGCCAAUGUCCCCCAGUCCUUCACAGUUGACACCAGCAAGGCAGGUGUGGCACCCCUCCAGGUCAAAGUUCAGGGCCCUAAAGGUAAGCAAAUCUCGGCUUGACUAGACCAGUAGUGCCUUCCUGGGGCUUGGCCCUUCUCUCACCUGUUGAACUCUUCCUGCAGGAGUGGUGGAGCCUGUAGAUGUGGUGGACAAUGCUGACGGGACUCAGACCGCGAGCUACGUGCCAAGCCGAGAAGGCCCAUACAGCAUUGCUGUGCACUAUGGAGAUGAGGAGGUGCCCCGCAGGUACGGGUUGUCGAUUGGCCGCAGCUUCUAGCCCCUCUGAGCCAAGGCAGAGACUCUAACAGUGAUGGCUGCUUUUUGAUGUUUCCAAAGCUUCAGAUGAUUUCACCAUUUACUAGAAAUCCAGAGUGUUUGUAAACCCAGCACUUGAGAAUCUGAGGCUUGGGGACUUACCUCGCAGGAUAAUGUUUUUAAAGUUUCAUUGAACAUGUUGGGCAAGUUGUUUGAGAGAGGGCCUCUGCAAAUCUAUUAAAGACUCCCAUGUAAUCAAUGUAAUCAAUGUUGGAAGCAAAACCUUAUGCCACAGAUCUUUUUGUCUCUUGCUGUUGACUGGCAAAUUGUGUUAGAGCAAAAACUGGCACAAGACUUAAAAGCUUUUCCUGAAACACUGAGCCCAGGGUACAAUGUCUUACACUUACCAGCUGUUUCUGCUGAAUGUGCUGUCCUGUCAAUGGGAACUUCUCACGGGUAGAGGAUUCCCUCAGGCUGCAGUGGCCUCAGAUUGGUAUAUAAUGCCUUUAUUUUGUGUAAGAGAAAGAUGAGAAAGAUGAAUGAUCCUGUGGAGGAACACCUGUGCACCCUGGAAUUGAGGGAUGGGGGUGUGGCCAUUUCUGUCAGUUGCCUAACAUUAACAGAGGCACUUCUCUCCCUCCCUCUUUUAUAUGCUCACAGUCCAUUCAAGGUUAAGGUUCUUCCCACACAUGAUGCCAGCAAGGUAAAGGCUAGUGGCCCAGGACUGAACACAACAGGUGUGCCAGCCAGCCUGCCUGUGGAGUUCACAAUUGAUGCCAAGGAUGCUGGAGAGGGCUUGCUGGCCGUCCAGAUCACCGUAAGUGGAACAAUGUCCAAAGGGGAGAUGAAUGCAGGUUGGGGGUUGUUGUGAGAAGGCCUUCAGGGCAGAGGGGUCGGUUCCACAGUAGAUACUUGGGGGAGAAAUCAAUGGGAGAUGAUGUGGAAAAUAUGGGACAAGUCUGAAGGUACACAUAAGCUGCAGUCAGGUGGACUGUGAGCUCCUUCAUUCAGUCACGUGGUGGCACUGCCUUGUGGCAACAUCCUCACUGAUUUCUAUAAGCCCUAUGGUCACAUAGCCAUACUUUUUGUCUUGUACAGGAGUGGGAGCUUUGAUAACAUUUCCAAAUGGCAGAAAACGCUGCCUUGUUCAUUUUCCAGAGCUUUCUGCCCUUGACUCAGGCUACCCUUCUCAUCCUAUACUUAGAAGGGCCACCAACUCUGCACUUGGUGAGAGUCUCUUGACUCCUGAGUAUCCCACUGCAGCAAGACAGUAGAUUUCAGUACUCAUUUUGAACCAGAGGUCUAUAGUGGUGGCAAGCCUUAAGCUGAGCUUGCAUCUAAAGCACAACAAGGGUUUUGUGUAGGUCACUGACCAAUUUCACAACUCCUCCUUGGUAAUCCCAGUUUAUUCAUGCCUUGCUCAGCCCCCCCCCUUUUAAACAUAAAAUGUCCUUUCAGUGCUUUCCUAUGUAACAGCAAGAAAUGCUCAUGGCGGCGGCUGCCCUUCUUGUGCCAUACUGGGUUCAAGUGGGUUUUCACUCAUACAAAUUCCUGUCAGAUUCUCGUGACCUUAACAACUUGGGGCAGGGACCUAGGUUUUGAAUGGCUGCUGCAGUUGCCGCCUCUUAACUUGAAAUGCUUGCCUUCCUUCUAAACCCCCCUUCCUGGGCUGUGCCGUGGCCAGGAUCCUGAGGGCAAGCCCAAAAAAGCCACCAUCCGUGACAACCAAGAUGGCACCUACACUGUGUCGUAUGUCCCAGACAUGACCGGCCGGUAUACUAUCCUCAUCAAGUACGGUGGGGAUGAGAUCCCCUACUCGCCGUACCGCAUCCGGGCCCUGCCCACUGGCGACGCCAGCAAGUGCACCGUCACAGGUGAGCGCUCCUCCCAGGUGAGGGUCUUGGGGGGGGUGAGGGCUGCUGGAGGGUGGGGCGAGCCACGCUAAAAUAUUGCCACGCCCUCCCACCACAUUGAUUGCUUUUUGCCGGGCACAUCCGGCCACACCGCUCACCCACCGUGGGGAGGGAAAUGCCACAUUGCCUACGUUCUCCUGUGUUUUAUUUUAAUUGUGCACUGUUCCGUGUGAUUCUUGUCUCACUCUGAUUACCCUUGCUCUUUGCCCUUUCACCUCAGUGUCGAUUGGAGGUCAUGGGCUAGGUAAGCAGCUUGCUAAUGGCUUCCUUCCCCCACCCCAAGUAUGCCUGCCUGCCUGCCUGCUCUCGCUGCUUCCUUUUCUGCUGCAUGGUCUCACACUGGCAUUGGGCUCCACCUCUGCCCCAGGUCAGAGAGGAGAGGGCAGCCAGGCUUCCCUGCCCAAAGGGCUGGUUGGACUGCUCCAUCUGGAAGGGACCUCUUGUUCUCAAAGCAGGUGCCUGCUGAAAACUGGGUCAGUUGCUAAUAUAGAACUUCACAGAACCUGGAUAAAAGCUGCCAUUUCCCUGGUUAGGCUAUAAAAGAAGCAUAUGUAUUCCUUGGUCUGUUAAAACCUUGCCAGGACCAAAAUGAUCAGGCGGGCGCUUAAAGUGCAGUGCCACUGAUUAAAGCUUCUGGUUCAGGGAUUGGGGGGGGGGGGGAGGCUGUGGCACUUGCAGUGGUGCACCUCCUCCCAGACAUAGCCAGCAUGGCCCAGUGGCCAGGGAUGAUGAGAACUGUAGUCCCUAUAUCUGAAGGGACACAGCCCUGCUUUAGUUGUUUGUUUUGGGCUUUUAAAAAAAUGAUCUCCCCUGCGCUUGCUGCCAAACAAGAACUGUUUUCAGUAGCUCCCUUUGAUACCUGUUCCACUUUCAGCAAACAUAUGAUGAGUUUGAAUGAUAGGACUUGUGCCAGCAUAAGGGAAUGCCAGCUUUACGAGUAGCGCACAUGAAGGCAGUUGGGGCCCGUACUUUGUCUUAACCCAUUAUGGACUAUUGAAAUCAGUAGUGGCUCUUCAGGGUCCCAGGCAGAGGCCUUUUGCAGACCUGCUAGAGAAGGUGUUCCUUGAAGCAAAGAUGCUAGGGGUCAAAACAGGGUCCUUCCUUCCUUUUUCAUUUUUCAGUUUUUUACUUGCAGAGAUGAGCCACUAGUUUGCCCCUGCUGAAACAUAUUCACUUUUUGCUUCUUACAGCAGGAUAGGAUUGCUGUGAACUAAGCCUCUGCUUCAGAGGCAGAAGAGAGGCAACUAUUGGGGAGGGGGAGGGAGAGCUGGAAGCCUGCAUUUUCUGCAGCCCUAGCCAUUGAUAGGAAGCAAGGAGGUGGAUCUGAAUGUUAGUGGUGGGUUGGAUUAUGGCUGUCAUGGUACAUUUCCCCCUUCCACCCCCUUCUCUCCACCCUCCCUGCCUCCCCAAAUAGUCCUCUCCUACCCGUUGCCUCCCUCUCCAUCUUCCAUCUCCUGCUGUGCUUGCCUAAUGAGGGGCGUGAGCUUGUGAAUCAGGAAAUGGAUCAGGUACAUGCAUGUUUCUUAACUCUGGGGAAGGCUUCUGUCUACAGGCAGGCAUGUUGCAAGCAUUGUGGUGGCUCAGGUGACCACUUAGGUUUGUGGGAGUCCUUGUUGACGUUGUCUUGGCUUUCCACAAGAAGUGUGCUUCAGAGGUCUGUAUCAGGCAUGUGAACAGAUUUUGUUUGCCACAUUUCUAUACUGUCAAAUAGCUUGAAAACUCUGAGCAGUUCACAAGACUAAGAGGCUAAAACUGUAACACAUAAAAAUCUAAAACAACUACAGAAUAAAUUAUUAUUAUUAUUAUUAUUAUUAUUAUUAUUAUUAUUAUUAUUUAUUAUUAUUAAUACCCUGCCCUCCCCAGCCAAGAUUGGGCUCAGGGUGGCUAAUACCAAGUAUAAAGCAAUUGAUUAAAAUACAACUUGAAACAAGAUUAAAAUACAACAUUAAAAUGCAGCCUCAUUUCAGUAGAAACUCAAAUCAAAAACUUUUUGGGGGAUGAAAAUGUCAUCAAACCAAAGCAAAAGCAACAGAGCAGCAACACUUCUUUUAAAUGCAAAGGCCCUGGGAGCAUUGAAAUGUCUUUUCCUAUCAUCCAAAAGAUCAGUGCAGGUGCCAGGUGAGUCUUUUUGGAGAGGUCAUUCCGCAGCCUAGGUGCCCCCACUGGAAAGGUCAUCGGGGUGAAUUCCUGGCAGCAGCUUCAGACCAGGGAAACUGAUAAGUGGUUGCCAUCUUCAGGGAAGCUAGGUUCCCCACCCCAAGUGUAAGGGGAAAAUAACACCUCAUGGUCUUCCUAAGUAGAUUAGAGGAGUCAUAAGCUGCAGAUAGAGCCCGAGACCACAGUGAAGAAACAUCAUUAUUCAAUUUAUAUACUGUCCUUUAUUAAUGACACAUUACAGAACAUCAGUGAUAAAAACAUAAUAAAAAGCAUACUGGCAGACAGCCUAAUAAUAAAAUAGUCAUCAUAAUAACAGUCCUCCCCCCCCCCCCCCCCGCAUUUUUCCAGGCUGUGGGCCAUAGCCAUAGGCCUGGGUAAAGAGGAAUGUUUUUGCCUGGUGCCUAAACAUGCACUAUCUCAUCUCUCUCCCCCCCCACUUGCAUCCUCCAAGCAGCUUGACAGGCAAACUGGUAGCCCACGGCUUGUCUUUGCUAUCCAGAGGGCUUAGGAGUCAAAUUUGGCUGGACAUAAAUCUAAACAUUUCCCCUUCCCAGCACUCAUUCCCAAAAACACACUCUCAUAGCCAGCACUAGGGGCCCAGUUUUUAUUAUUGUGUGUGUAGCUCUGAUCAUGAUUUGCCAUUUUACAAUAGGAACCUAAGCCAACAAUAGAAAUCUCGAUUCAGCUUGAACUUGAUGUUGAUGUGAUGAGGGGAGAACCCAAACAUAUUUACAGCAGCUUCUCUGUUUGUUAACAGUGUUGUUGCUUUUGGAAAUCUCUUUAAGCCAGAGCCCUCUCUGUAAGAAGGAUUAACCCACUGUGGUGCCUUCCAGAUCUUGUUGGGCAAACUCCCAUUGGCUCCAGUUUCUGUGGCCAUUGGUCAGGUAGGAUGGGAGCUCGAGGGCACCAUGUUGGCUGCCUCAUGUUGGCUGCCUUUAAGCUAGUUUGAAAGUCUGUGGCUCAAAAUCUCCUCUUGUGCUUUGAUUGCAUAGGGUUCGUUCUUCAGUGAAAACAAGCACUUCCUUGGCAUUGGCCGACCCCUAGUCACCCAAAGCUGUAACAUCCCUUGCUUUAUGAACAACCAAUGCUGCUGCUGCUGGGGUCCAAUCAUGGCUUUAGUUGCCCUAACUCCAUCUUGCUUUAGUCCUUUUUAAAAAAUGUAAUGUUAUCUGACUGUUUCCUUGGGGGCUUGGUGUCAGAUGGCAAGAGUUGGGUCUGAUCCAGCUCCCAGCCUCCUGUGCAAGCUGGAAGGGUUUUUUAACCCCCACCUCAACACAAUUGGUGUGGGGGCUCUGACAGCCUCUCCUCUGCACCUCAAUCACCUUCUCCCUUGCAUAAGCACAUGUGAAAAUGGGAGUGAGCCACUGAGGUGCAUCAGGGGAAGAGUCUCUAGUAGAUAGUGGUGGAUGGGUAACAUAUCUUGGCUGAGUUAUAAACAUUGUCCUGCCGAAAACUUCUGACCAGGCUUUGGUAUUGGCUGGAACAGCCAUCAUUUUGAGCAAAUUGUGGUGUCUGCAAAUGCAGGCCUCUCAUGUGAAUGCAAGGAUUCCUGGAAAGAGCUUGCGUGGGGUCCACCAGCAAGUGUGAACUGGCCCUAGUGUUCCAGCCUGUGUUUUCUUACUUGCAAAGUUUCCUUUUAUUCUGUCGUCCAUUGUGAAGGCCUUUGGGUUUAUACAAUCAAACUGACCACUUGUACCUGCAACUGAAUGGGUGAAUAUAGCCCAUUGGUAAGGUGCUCUGUUUUGACCUACAGUGGCUUAAUUCAUCUGUGCAAUAUUGGUCCCCCCACAAUUUGGUCAACCUGUCCUCUGUCUCAAAGUCCCCAUGAGGCCAUGUCAGCUGGUAUAAGAGGCUGGGAGCUUAGGGAGACCCAUGGUGCAUGAUGGGAAGGAGUUGGGAAUUGGACUCAAGUUCUCCAUUCCUCAUUGGCUUUCCCUUCUGCCAGGAGCCGGCAUUGGGCCCACCAUCCAAAUUGGUGAGGAGACGGUGAUCACGGUGGAUGCCAAGGCUGCUGGGAAGGGCAAGGUGACUUGCACAGUAUGCACUCCUGAUGGCACAGAGGUGGACGUGGAUGUGGUGGAAAAUGAGGACGGCACCUUUGACAUCUUCUACACGGCGCCCCAACCAGGCAAAUAUGUCAUCUGUGUGCGCUUCGGAGGAGAGCACAUUCCCAACAGUCCUUUCCAGGUUACGGUGAGUCUUGGGGUGACCAGGGAGCAGUAUGUGGCCAGAGGUGUCUGGUUCAGCAAAGGGUUUAAUGCCUAAUGCAAUUGUGGCUAGCACGGUGCUGAUGUUGGAAGGCUCAUACAUGUGUGCAAGGUCAAGUCUUGUCCUGCGGUAGUUCUGCCUCCUUUAAAUGAGUGAUAAUGGAACUUCCUGCCAUACUGACUUAGAAGCCCAGAACUGUGGUGGUGAGAUGAUUUUACCUGAAAGAGCGGGGGCAGUAUUAGCAAAGGAGCUCGGUCUUUGUUUCGGAUACUUCUUGUGUGUCUGUCCCAAAACUUGUGACAUGUUAGAUGGAACAGUCCUCCUGGCGCUGAGUUCAGAUCUAAGCCCUGGGCUACAUCUGAGCUGGUUAACACAAAUUAACAUACAUACAUACAUACAUACAUACAUACAUGGGAAGUGGGAGGUGAGUCCCCUUCUUUAAAAAAAGGUCAUGUGCAUUCUAGAUCUGAGAAUUAUACGUUCUGGGCUCUGCUUGUUUGCUCUAGGGUUGCAUGUUCUGAAUGGCAAAAAUAAAAAAUCCUGCAGAAAGGAGGCUGUGGUCAGACUAAUUGGGGUUGUUGGGUUUUUUUUAGAAGAAAUUGCAUCCAUGAUCAGAUUAGAAAUAUAGUGGUUGUUCCCCCUGUUCCCCCAAAAUAGAGGGGGGUCAUAAGAGCACAGGCAGAGGGAGAAGUUCUGUGCAGUGCAGCAGAGCAUACAGAAUGCUCCCAGCUGCCUUACACAAAAGCUGCUGAAAACUCCACCUCAGCCUCAGAUUUUGCCACAUUGCAGUCUUGGGGGCUAGACACAUAUUAUUUUAAACAGAUCAUUGGUAUGUCCAGUUUUAUAACCUGCUGCUUUUUGAGGGGUGGGGGUAUGGUAACUUCCGGGUAGGACUUGCUCUGUUUCUUGCCUUUAGGCACUCUUUGCAGGAGCAGACACCUCAGUUUGCUUCGGAAUAAUCGAGUGGGCAGCCCCCUGCUCACUCCUGUGGAGGAUACAUGUGCACUGGGUGGCAGAAAAAGCUGUGCUGCUCUGAUGUAUAGAUUGUUUAUCUUGUUAUUUCAUAAAAUUUAUACACCCCUUAAUGGUAAAAACAAUCUAUAUUUGCUCCCUCUGCUCUUAUUUGUGUGGUGAGGAGAUCAAGUAAAAGGGAUCAUUACUCAGAAGUAGCAGAAUUCUCAUCUGCAGGUGGGAAAUUGCAUUUUUGAAGGCUUCUCCAUGUACACUCCCUGCCUGUGGUGUAGUAUUGCAGCAUAGGGGCCAUUUCUGGGGGGACCUGGGUGCCAAGGCACCCACAAAAUUUUCAAUGGGUGGCUGGGGGGGCACCCCAACGCAGCGCACGCGUGACAUUUCAUGGUGCACUGAGGCACAAUGGGGCUCGUUGCAGCCACAGGAGGGCCCGUUGGGCCCCAUCAGCCCCCCUCAGGCCGUGUGAUGACAUGCGUGUAACGCGCUGGGCACCCACAAUGUGGGGUGGAACCCAGUGUAAGUGUACAGCAGCAUGUGAUUUUAGUGUACCCCUCUGUCUAAUGAUCUUUUUCUGUUUUGAAAAAAUAGGGUUCCUUGAAAUGGUGCAAAUUCUACUGACUGAGGGCUUAUCCACACUUACUUUUUCCUCCAGGCAUAAGCGUGCUUAAAAAUUCGUAUGUCAGAGUAUUUUUCUCUCUCUUUGCCUGGAGCUUUCUCCACAAAAACCCGCUCUUUAGUGCUCAAUCGGAGCAAAGGUUGAUUUGGGUUUCCUGCGGAUUGCCGUUUGCUCCAAUUGAGCUUUAAAGCAGUGGCAGACCUUGGGGCCCCCAAUUUCAGCGUCAACCUGUGCAACACCAAAAUUUGGCGCACUCCCCACCUCUUGCCUCUUUCAUUCUGUGUAAUAGUUGUGCUCCCAAGGCUCCAUGCCCAGGGCAGCCAAAUCAGCCGCGCUCCCCUAAACCUGCCUCUGUUUAAAGAGUGGGUUUCCGUGGGGAAAAGUCGUGAGCAAAAAGAAGGUGCUUGGACGACACCAUGCCUAGAAAAAGUGGAGGGAAAGUGAGUGUGGAUAAGCCCGUAUUCUGCACAAUGUGUUUAUCUGGAGCCCAGCAUCAAAUCUGUUACAUUCAAAUUGCAUCGAUGUGAAAGAUCCAAAAAAUGUGUUUUGUGUUUUUUAAAAAAAAUGUGAGCUAGGAACUUGCACACAAAUGUUACAUGCACGCACACACAAAACUUGUCCUGCUGUAACAUGUGACUCAUUGGUUGGCUUUUGUAGACCCAGUCUUCCUGUUUAAUGCAUUACUCACUCUUUCCAGGUUCCAAUGCAAAAGGAACCCUCUGGCUCAGUCACAGAAAGCGGAGGAAGGGAGGAAGCGGUUGGGAAGGGACAGUGUCCCUUUUUUCUUUAUGGGCAUUGUCUUGUGUGUGUUAGAAACAAGCAAGCGAAUGUCCCUCCGCCAGGGAAGUUUUGACUCAGUGGAAAGCAUUUUUGAACCUGAUUUCUUCCUCUUCCUCUCUUACCCCACCUCAUAGCCAAGAAACUGGAGUCUCUCCACUUGAGCACAGAUUUCUUGCACAACUGAACUUCUGCUUUAACUCUGUUAAAAGCAUCACCAGCAACAAAAACCCUUAAUAUUCUUCUUCCCCACCUCCUUUUCAUCCUUAACAUUUUUAUAGCACUUGCAGUCAGCGCUGGGCAUCUUGGAAAUUUACUGAGUUCAAUAGACCUAGCUGAGUCCCAGAAAAAAAUUGCCUAGGAUCGCAACCAGGACUGGCCCAGAACAUUUUUCUCCCUGAGGCUCUGUGUGUUGUGUGUUCUUUUCCCCUAGUUCUGCUGUUAAUUCAGUACUACAUCACAGUAGUAGCUCAUACCCAUGAAUUAUAGAAUUUCAGAGUUGGAAGGGACCCGAAGGGUUAUCUAGUCCAACCCCCUGCAAUGCAGGAUCAAGGUUCCCCAUCCAAUUGGAAACCAUACCGGACCCUGCUUAGAUUUGCAAAUAUGCUAGCACCUACCUUAUUUUCUGGAGUUCUCUUGCCCCGCCCCGCCCCCUACAAAGUGUCUCUGCAGAAUAAAAUAAGUCCUGCCUAUCUUAACUCUUCUAGUCAUUUAUUUGCAUCCACUUCAUGCAGGCUUCUUAAAAUGGCACAAUCCCUCCCUAGGGAAUAGAAUGGCUAUGAUAGAAAAUCCAGAUCAUAUUCUUCCCCCCCCCCACACCUCCAGCUCUAUCCCUGAGAGUUAUAAAGUGUGUGUGACCAUCCCUUAAAAUAGCCAGAAUACUUUUUAGCAUUGCAGUUUCCUGUGCUUUUUGUGUGCAAAAGGAGAAACCCCAUUCUCAACCCACAGGCCACAUUUUUGGGCUGUCUCUCUGCUCUAGACAUAAAUUGGCACCACGUUGCAACAUGUGCAUUUCAGGCAAUGAGAUCAUUAUUUUGCGUUGGCAAACAGAAUUGGUUUCCUUGUGCAGGCCUGGUCAUACAAUACUUCAGCUACAUGCAAACUUGAAAUACUUUGCACCAGAGUGUGUGGCUUCUAUGAUUGCAGACAUUAUUUUUGGGUGGGGGCUCACAGGGGCGCUGUCACUCCCCAUCACCUUUUUCCUGGUGUACCCGUGUUAUAGCACAGUUAGACAUACCAAGCUUGGUUUUCUGAAUGUCUAAACUUAGGUUUCCUUUGAAAAGCAAGUUCCUAGCUCCAUUGAUUACUACUUUGGGUGAGGCGGGGGUGUGGAUGCCAGAUUCAAGCCCUUUCUGAAGCAAAUAAUUCUCAAAACAACCAUAGGUGCCCUGUGUUGCCAUAUUGCUGUGGGAGAUAUGUGUGGGAUACUAUCCUCUGGCAAAGAGCUAGUAUCUGAGAGAAGAUUGGGUUGUUUUGUGCAAUAAUGACCGAGCACUGAAGGUUUUUUCUUAAAAAAAUUUUUUUACUGUUUUUGCAAAGGGGCUGGACUUGUCCCGGGGAGAUGAUGGUUAUGGGAUGACAUGAUGGCAGCAGGCUUCCCAGAAAGGGCCACUGGGCUGUUUCCCCUGUUCCUGUGGUUUUAAGUUCUGAAAUGGAAGCAUGGCAGGGUUGUCCUGGCCCUGAGCCGGCCUCUCCACUGGUCCGUUCUAACGCUCUUGCCCCAUUCCCGCCACAGGCCCUGGAUGGCGAGCGCACGACCCCCCAGCAGAUGGCCCAGCCGAUGCGGGCCCCACCCUACGCAUAUCCACCUGGUGCACAGCAGCCCUGGGGACCGGCAGUAACAGUUCAGUUUCUUGGAGGAAAAGCUAGCCCAGGGCAUUCUGGGUGGGGGGAGAACCCCAUGGAAUUCGGCCGCCUCUGCUUUGCGCUGUUUGCCACUGCUUGGGAGGGGGGAGCUGGUUUUCUGCUUGAGGUCGCAAGAUCAAAGGUUCCCUGCUCCUUUAAACAAAAACAUCUGGUGGCAGGGUUAGAUUAUGAACCCACAUCUGGAAACUGCAGAUGGGUUAGAACGUGCACCAAGAAAUGGAAACCCACUCCCAGGAAAGGCUCCAGCACUUGCCUUUGCCCUGAGAGUUGUUGAAACUGAUGUUCAAAUUAUUGGUUUUUUCCCCCCAUUUUUGGUGAUUCUUGGUGGAAACAGAAUAAUCUAACCCAGGGUUUCCCAAACUUGGAUCUUCAGCUGUUUUUGGAUUACAAUUCCCAUGAUCCCUGAGCACUGGUCCUGCUAGCUAAGGGUGAUGGAAGUUGUAGUCCAGCAACAGCUGGAGACCCAAGUUUGGGAAACCCGGAUCUAACCCCAAUGAUCUCUUCUGCCAGAGCUCCUGAGGAGCAUCUGCUAGUUGGGUUUCCUUCCCAGGAGCAGCAGCAGCAGCAGCAACCUCCUCCUUUUCUCUGGAAUUUCUGAGGCCCUCUGCACACAAAGCAGGUUGCCUGUCACUGAGCUACAGGUCUCUCUCCUUGGCAUUACAGGCAAGCUGUGAAUCUGUUUGUGCUUGCAGCCGAACUAGACACAGUGCCAUUCACAAAACUCGCAGUUGUUUGUUUGUUUCCAAAGUGAAGAGUAAGCAAGGGGGGCCACCAACCCAGACCAAAACUACGGUGGGGGCAAAGGGCUAAUGGUCCCAUGUCCCCUGGGUCUAGGAUCUGGAGGAAGCCUCAUCAGGAGAGAUGGCCUAGAGGACAUUCCUUCAUUGAGUGGGAAAGUCACUAAGUUUCAAGACCACCUUUUCUGAGGCAGCAACUUUAAAAAAGAAAAGAAAAAAAGAACUGAGCCAGGAGACAAUUCACCAUUUCCACAAACUUUGUGAUCUUGGGCUUACAAUCCUUGGAAAUAGCUGCCUUUUAUUGAGCAGCUGUGAGUCUCUCACACACACACACACACACACACACGCGGUGUCCAAUGCUAGAAGUCGUCGUGUCAACUAGGAAGAGAAUCAGAGCAGAAUCAACGCAGUUUGAAACUCUGCUUCCUUUGCUUGUGCAGAAAGCUUUUGUGGGGUGGGGCAGUGGCUCUGCUCCUGCAAGUGCCCCACAAUAAUCCAAGCAGUGGGCUUUGUGGCUCUUUUGGGUGGUCUGUCUGAUGCCCUGUGCAGACUCUUCAUCACUUCUCUCUCUUACCCCCAACUUUGCUUUGAUGCUAACGCAGGUGGGCUGCUUUCAGAAGCAACUUUAUGGGCACCUCUUCUCCCCCACCCUUGCUUGGCCUCUCCCACACCUGAAUUCCAAGGGGGGAAGAGACCCCCCAGAAUGUGACCGGAUCGGGGCUUUUCCCAGGGUGUCUUUGUCUUUGAGGUCACAUCCCUUUCUCUCUUGAUGCUGGGGAGGGGGGCCAUCUGUGCUUUGUAUGUCGUCCUUGUCAAUACCUCCAUUCUUUUUUUGGGGGGGCGGGUCUGCCAAGUCAUAUCUCAGGCAGGUUGUGUGAUGUUCACCUUUCCAGGAUGCAAAGAAGGAUGCUUCUUUGGGACAGUCAGUGCUUGGGGAUGAUGGGAGUUGUAGUCCAGCAAUAUCUGGAGGGUCACACAGGUUCCCCAACUGUGCUGCAACAGCUGGCUGCACAUCAGUGGGAUUCUACUCCAGUGAGACACAGCCACAUUUGGGACAAUCACUGCCAAACAAAUGGGGGCAGUGCAGUGUUGUAGAGUGGUAACUCCUUUCUGCAUUAGUGCCUUGCAGUGCUGACCUUUUCAGCUGAUGAUCAUAAAACUGGCAUUCAGUUUUUCUCCUGUGGAUGAAAUAUUCAGCUACCAAAUGACAGGGCCAUGACAGAAUGUGCUGCACAGAAGCAACUGCCCUACUUUCCACUUGUGCAACUCCCAGAUACUACAGUGAAUGCCACCCCAUUGGGAAUGCUUCCUGAAACAGCUCUAAAACCAAACCAAACUCCCUCAGCUUCUGUUUAAACCCACCAUGAAAUAGAAAGGGGGCAGGGGGAAUAAGUGUUCUCUCCAGAAAUGUGUUCUGGAACUAGGAACAAAACCAAAAUCGAGUUCUGGCUCUUGCCAGCUUGAGUGUGUUGAGUCCCAGGACCUCUUUCUGCACUGAGCAGCUGUUGGAAUGGCGCUCUCGGUAUGUGUAAAAUGACUGCUGAGCUCCACUUCAGAACCCAGCAUUGUGCUUAGUUCAAGAAUCUGACUCCAAAACUCUCCCAAGCCAAUGUUUGCAAUACAAACUUACCAAAGCAAACCUGAAAUUUAAAAGCAUUUAAAGGGAAGAAGGUCCACCAAAUCCAUUUUUAUGCAACAGCUCAGGUGGCUUCCUGGCCAGCUUGCCUGUCCACACGCUCUUUCUCUCCCCCGACUGUCUGGUACCUGGUGGCUUUUCAAAGUCUGUCUUUGUCUGCUCCAUGUUCCAUCGCUGUUUAUGAACUCCUGCCAUUUCUUCCCAUCCCUCCUUGUCUUGUCUGGCUCUCGAAAAAGCAAAAACGAUUCUCACUGCUGUGUUGGGUUUGGGGGUGCCUCUGUCUUUUCCAGGCAACAGACCGUCCUGUCAAUGGACUGGAUGCCGGACUGCGGCCUUUCGACUUGGUCAUUCCUUUUACCAUCAAGAAAGGAGAGAUCACAGGUAAUGGGAUGGGAGGGGGACGUGACCAAAGUGGUUUAGGACUCUGCCUUUUACAGAGGUCAGGGCAAUAGUUGAUAGCCAGGCUGUGUUUUGAGCAGUAUGCUUGGAGCACAGAAUGUAAAUGGAGGCAAAACUCAGCUUCCUGAUCUCUGUUAAGUUCCUAGUCCUUGUGCCUCUUAAGGUAGAUUGUGAAGCAUAUAGCAGUGUCUGGCAAGAUCAGAGGGCUGCCUGAAUAACGGUUUAUAGUGCCUGGGGUGGGGGCUUUGGUGCCCUUUCUGUUUCUGUUUUUUGUUUUGCCCUCUCCAUAACUAGCAUAAGUAGAAUAAGCUCUAGAAGGUUUUAUGCAGAUUCUGGUUCUCUUGAUAAAGGAUAUGGGUUACCUGGGUGCAGAACGUUUGAUGCAGAACACCAAACUUUCCUAGUUUGCUUCAGCACAGUCUGAAAAUAUAGCUGUAGCACGUGCUGUUACAUGCCCUGGCCUACUGUAUAUAAGGAUCUGGAUAUAGAUCUUAAUCAUGUCUCCAUCCUUGGUAGCAUAUUUUUAUCUCUAAGAGUCACGGAGCUGGGAGGGACCCAAAGUCUAACCUCUUAGUCCAACCUAUCCAGGUCUAACCAUCUAGAAAGCUUAUCUACUUCCUCACCUCAAAUUAAUCUGUUGGUGGUGUAGCAAAUAGAGCUUUGCCAAACCAGUUCAGUUUUUCAAACUCCUAGGAUUGCAGCAUAUUAAAUGUCUCUCCUUUCAACAGCUCUAUGAAAGGUAGAUGGAAUUACAGCUUUACAUGAAUCCAGUGGCCUAGCUAAGCCCAGUGAACUGUGGACCAGUGAUUUUAAUCCAGGUCCCCUUAAAAUGUCCUCUCUGGGGUCCUUGCAAAAAACAGAUACCUGGGUCCUUGCAUUUCUACGCUGGUGAACAGAACCCACCAGCUUAAAAGUGCUUUCUGUGGUUUCCUCCCUCCCCACAGGUGAGGUGCGCAUGCCCUCUGGCAAGGUGGCAAAGCCAGACAUCACAGACAACAAGGAUGGCACAGUGACAGUGCGCUACGCCCCCACAGAGGCUGGCUUGCAUGAGAUGGACAUCCGUUACGACAACAUGCACAUCCCAGGUAACACACACAAAAAGGUGUUUGGCUCUGAAAUUACCAAGCUCACGUUGGUUGGAGCAACUAAAUGUGUGCUAGUAGGUAUCUAAAAGAUGUUGACGCGAUACCCUCCUCCCACCUCCAUAGGUAGCCCACUGCAGUUCUAUGUGGACUACGUCAACAGUGGCCACGUGACUGCUUAUGGACCGGGACUCAUCCAUGGGGUAGUCAACAAGCCAGCAGUCUUCACCGUCAACACAAAAGAUGCAGGAGAAGGUGAGUCCGCAAGGCCCACUUGGUGCUUGGAACUGCUCCUGCCCUCUGGUUUUCUGGCCAUUUGGGCAAGGCUGUUGAUGCUUCUGUUCUGUGUAAAUGCACACAGUUGCUGCCUGAUCCCUCCAUUCCUUGCUGCAGGGAAGCAGCAGUGAAAAUAGGUUUAGGAUUGUGUGCUCUUCUUAACAAAUCUGUUAUUGAGAUGCCUAGCAAAACCAAAUAUGCAAACUUGUAUAGUCACACACAUACAGACAUUUUUUGGGGGGUCUGCCUUGAUUUUCAGCACAGGAGCACACUGCCCUAUUUUGGGGCUGGCUCAGUUACUGGGGCACUAGGGCUAAUGGAUCUCCCCGUGCUUGACGUCUGAUGUUCUGCUUGUUUCCAGGCGGCCUCUCUCUGGCCAUCGAAGGCCCCUCCAAGGCUGAGAUUGGCUGCACUGAUAACCAGGAUGGCACUUGCACGGUGUCGUAUCUUCCUGUUCUGCCUGGCGACUACAACAUAUUGGUGAAAUACAAUGACAAACACAUCCCAGGAAGUCCAUUCACUGCCAAGAUUACUGGUGAGAUCUGGGGCUGGCCCACCUGGGCUAAUUAAGGAAAGAAGGGGGCGGGUGGUAAGCUCACACUGAAGGGGAAGGAGAAGGUAGGCUGCAGGCCCACCUUGACGGCACAAUGCCUGCCUUUCUCUGCUUCUGCAGGAGAUGACACGAUGCGCAUGUCCCAUCUCAAAGUGGGCUCCUCUGCCGACAUCCCCUUGAACAUCACUGAGACGGACCUGAGCCAGCUGACAGCCACCGUGAUCCCACCUUCUGGUCGUGAGGAGCCUUGUCUGCUCAAACACCUACGCAAUGGGCAUGUUGGUGAGUGACCGAGAAGACCUCCGCUGUUCUGGUUAUGUCCCAAGCCGAUUGGCAGAGCUUAUGGGUAGAAGAAAAGAUUAUAUAGGCAUAAUGAUUCUCUUUUGCUUCUUCCUUUCCACCCCAUCUUUCUGUAGGAAUUUCUUUUGUCCCCAAAGAGAUUGGAGAGCACAUUGUGAACAUCAAGAAGAAUGGGCUGCACAUCCCCAACAGCCCCAUCACGGUGAUGAUCAGCCAGUCUGAAAUUGGUGAUGCCAGCCGCGUCAGGGUCUCUGGCCCAGGGCUCAGCGAGGGACGGACAUUUGAACCUUCAGAGUUCAUUAUUGACACAAGAGAUGCUGGUAUGCAGGUUUAUAAUCCUUUGGUUCAAAGACAAGGGCUACUCGCCAUGGUGGCUGUGCUGUUGGAGGGAGUUUGCCUUGAGUGAGGACCAGCUGCUGGGAGUGGCAGGUGGGGCGAGUGCUUGCAAGCUUCCUUUGGGCAUCUGGCUGACCACUGUUGGAACAAAGUGUUGGACUAAGGUGGGCCCUCUGGCCUGAUCCAUCAAGGCUCUUUAGUUCUUAUUGCUCUUGGGGAGCAGUACACCAGAAACACAAAUCACUAAGUCAAUAAGAUCCUUGGUUUGUUUUCAUCUCUUCCACCCCACUGAUCCAGUCUGUUUCACCAUGGUGAUGCUGGCUAUUUGUCCUCUAGCUGACAAGCCCCAUCUUUGGCUAGCCUGAUGUUCAGGAAUAGACAUAGGAAAGGUAGCAUACUGGUGUUCUGCUGCUCCAUGCAUACUAGUUACAACCCUAUGUGCAUAGGUGUUUAGAGAAGCCCUUCUUGAAAAGUGGACCAUGUGACUUUUGCAGGAUGUACUGUUAUGUGAUCAAGGUAGACUAAAGAGUAAGAAGCAGGGUGCAAAAAGAGGAGAUUGCAAAAAGAAUUUGGAAUCCCUGGAGGAAGUGGGAUCCCUGAAGUGCAUCUCAGUGACGGAGCUCUCAAGUGCUUGAAGUGAUAAGUCAAUUCCUUUGUUUCUCCAAACACUGUACGAUCAUCUACCGUUCAAGGUUUGAAAGAAACAAGGAUGUGCAAAAGUCUGCAUUUUGAGAAGCUGGCUUAGACAGAAAGCUCUAUGACCCUUCUGGAUCAGACCAUAUAUUCCAGUAUUCUGUGUCUAGUGGUUGUCAGAAAGAUCAGGGAAAGACUCCCAUGACUGCAAACUAGAAACUGAGGGGGAAGGUCCUCAAAGUAUCUAAAACAGUGGUAGGAAUCUGUGGUCCCCCAGAUGUUCUUGCUGGACCAGCUCCUGUCCUCCUUGGCCGUGGGGUGGAGAGGAGAACUGAUCCAUGUAGUAGUUAACAGUAUCUGGAGGUCAUCAAGGCCCCCCCCAUCUGGACUUUUAAUACUUUGACAUCUCCUCAUGGGUAACUGCAGUGGAGUAACACAAGCAGUAAAAGCAGACCAAAUUGCCUAUGCUUUUCACUCUUGCAACUGUUUCCAAAGCACAGUGUGUGUUCAUAUGUACGUGCCUGUAUGCACAUGUAUAGCUCAUGGUAAAGGUAAAGGGACCCCUGACCAUUAGGUCCAGUCGUGGCCGACUCUGGGAUUGCGGCGCUCAUCUCGCUUUAUUGGCUGAGGGAGCCGGCGUGCAGCUUCCGGGUCAUGUGGCCAGCAUGACUAAGCCGCUUCUGGCGAACCAGAGCAGCACACGGAAACGCCGUUUACCUUCCCGCCGGAGCGGUACCUAUUUAUCUACUUGCACUUCGUGCUUUCGAACUGCUAGGUUGGCAGGAGGAGGGACCGAGCAACGGGAGCUCACCCCAUCAUGGGGAUUCCAACCGCCAACCUUCUGAUCGGCAAGUCCUAGGCUCUGUGGUUUAACCCACAGCGCCACCCGCGUCCCCUAUAGCUCAUGGUGGUGAUGUCCAAACAUAUAACAAAGCCAUGUUACUACAAACUGCCUCUCUCUUAGGUUAUGGUGGGCUGAGCUUGUCCAUUGAAGGCCCCAGUAAGGUCGACAUCAAUACUGAGGACCUAGAGGAUGGUACUUGCAAAGUCACGUAUUGUCCAACAGAGCCUGGCAACUACAUCAUCAACAUCAAGUUUGCAGACCAGCAUGUUCCAGGUGCGGGUAGUCUCCUCUUUGGUGGGUUGUUGCAUGGGCCGAGGGGAGCAAAGGUGCGUUCAGGAAGUGCUGGUGGGAUCCUAGAACAUGUCUCCAAUUGAAGAUAAGACAAAGGUGUCCGUAAUACUUGGGUUGCUGGAACAGAUUGCAAAUUACCCUCCAGUGCUUGCUUCUGGUUGAACUAUGGAUACAAAGCAUUGCAGGAGUUGAAAGCAGGGGGUUCGCCACUUGUAAAACAAAUAUCUGCUCCAAUGUAUAUGCAGCCUACACACUGCAAGAUCAGCAGCAUUGCUUGUUGCAGCUUUUUGCUGUUCAGGGUUGCAGAUAAAGGGCAGUCCAAUGCUCCUCUGGAUCCUCCCCAGCAGCAGACCAAGGCAAAGAGGCCUGCCUAGCUUACUUCCUAACUUGGUGUGGCUUUUUUAUUUUUUUAUUUAGGCCUUGUAUGGAGAAUAUUCAGUCCUUAGCUUUCCAGUUAGUGAUAAGUCUAAAACGUGUGACAAAAUGAUUGCAUAGUUUUCUUAAUGAGAUUUAAUGCCAGAUGAGAGGCGUUGGCUACACUGGAGGAUGUUGAGGGUGGGGUGUGUGUGUGUGUGGUGACAUUCAAAAGCUUACACAGGGAAAUUGAUGCUUUCUUGGGCUCCUGCACCGAAACCUACCCCCACCCAAAUCCAUGAUCUCCUCUCCCUGAAAGGGCCAAUUGGAUCAUGUGGCUGAGCCAGCAAGUCCCUCUCCCUCUGGCUUACUUUCUCUCCCCCUCCAUGUCUCUGGUGCAGGGAGUCCAUUUUCUGUGAAGGUGACAGGAGAAGGACGAAUGAAGCAGAUGAUCACACGCCGCCGCAAAGCCCCCUCGGUUGCCAACAUUGGCAGCCAGUGCGACCUCAGUUUGAAAAUCCCAGGUGAGUGGCUUAAGGAUAGGCUUUGUGGUUUGGGGUGCUGCCUGAAACAAGCCCAGCAGUGGAGAGCUAUUGCCCAAAACGAGCUAUUAAGUACCCCUCCCACAUGGUUAAAGGUCAGGAUUAUUCCAAUCCCACCCUUGAACUUGGCACAGAGAAGUUUGGAAGGCCCAUGGACAGUGCCCAGCGAAAUUUUGGAACCCGGAGUAUGUGUUCAAAUCUCCAUAAGCCUUGUUUUCCAGCUCAGAAUGAUACAGUGCAAAACCAAAGCAUAUUCAGCCCAGUUGACUUGUAGUUGCCCCAGUUGGCACAGAGGCUGUUAGAAUGGGAAAAGUGCUGAAGUGUAGGACAGGCAUGGCCAUCUGGGAGUCCUUCCAAAUCAUAGCCAAGUUGGUGGAACACUUUGGUUUAAGACACAGGUUGGUAACUGGGAGCCACAUACAGCCCUUGACCUCAUGUUAUGUAGCCCUCAAUGCCUCCUAAAGUUUUCCCAUUCUCUCAUCCCAGCACAAUUGCUUUCUUUUCAUUUCUCCUGUUGUUGUUUCCCUUUAAUAUGUAGAGUUUCAGAAUUUUAUUCGAGUUUUUUCGUGCAUAUGUGCUUGCUUUUUUCCUGGUUGUAAGGCUCAGAAGUAAAACUGUGGCUAGACUGUUGUGUUUGCAAGUGGAGUGAACACUGCUUCUAUUUGAAUAUAAAUCAGCAGUUUAGGGCAUUGUGUCCAAACCCCUAAUGUCAGCAGAACUACCUGGAAACAAUGAGGGUAAUUUUAUGCAUGUUUUGAAAAGGGGGAAAGGACCACUGCAAAUCUACCUCCUUGAGGGGGGAUCUCUUUGGGAAGGCCGCAUUCCUCAAUGCACCACCACCAUGUGCAUGUUCUGUAACUGGUGCUGGCUACCAGUACAGGCCUCACACUGUGUUAGAAUUCAGAUCGCCUCUGGAAGAAGUGUGACAUUUGUACAGUGAAAUACCUCUGCUUGCCAGUGGUGUCUGCUCCUGCCAAGGCUAUUGUGGAAGGGAUCCUGUCCUGGCCUUCAUCUAGAAUAGGCAUCCCCAACAUCCUCCAGAUGUUUUGGCCUACAACUCCCAUGAUACCUACCUAACAGGACCAGUGGUCAAGGAUGAUGGGAAUUGUAGUCCAAAACAUCUGGAGGGCCAAAGGUUGGGGGUGACUGAUCUAGAACAAUAGGGGUGCAGUAUCACUUGCCUUGUAUUUACAAGGGUUGUUUUGUUUUGUUUUUAAAAGAAAUAUUGGAUCUGGAGAAAAUUAUUAAGAUCUGACUAUUCAGACAAGGAGCAGCAUUAAGUUACCUUGAGAAUGGGGUAGGGAAACAAGGCAUUAAGUGGUGAACUGGACUAAGAUCCAGCUGCUCUGAAUGCCCUGUGGGCCACCCCUGCCAUAGAAUGCAUGUGGAUCUUGAUGGUCUUAGCACAGUGCUGUUGGCUGAUGGUAGGGAAGGAGUGAAGCUGCGGUCCCAUGUUUCUACAGCUGUUUUAUUUGCUGCCCCUUCUCCCGCAGAAAUCAACAUCAGGGACAUGACGGCUCAGGUCACCAGCCCUUCAGGCAAGUCCCACGAUGCAGAGAUCUUGGAGGCAGAAAACAACACUUACUGCAUCCGCUUUGUGCCCACUGAGACGGGCAUCCACUCCGUCAGCGUCAAGUACAAAGGGCAGCAUGUGCCCGGAAGCCCCUUCCAGUUCACCGUGGGCCCUCUUGGCGAGGGUGGCGCACACAAGGUCCGGGCAGGUGGCCCUGGACUGGAGAGAGCUGAAGCUGGCGUGCCAGGUAGGACUGUGGCCUUGGAUGGAGGUGGGGAGGGGACAGGAUAGGCAAAAGGGUGUAACUUGGGAGUUGUGGGAGGGAGGGGUGUGAGAUGCUAGCACUUAAGCUGGUACAACCUGUGCCUGAAAAAGUCUUUUGAGGCAGUGAUGGGGACUGAGGCAGGUCAGCCUGCAUUGUCUGACAUGACUGCAGGGGUGCCUUGGAACCCUGGAAUCUCAGAAUGGUAGAGCUGGAAGGGACUCCGAGGGUCAUUUAGUCCAACCCCCUGCAAUGCAGGAAUCUCAGCUAAAGCAACCAUGGCAGAUGGUCAUCCAACCUCUGCUUAAACACUUCCAGUGAAGGAGAGUCCGCCACCUCCCAAGGGAGCCCAUUCAACUGUCCAAUGGCUCUGUCAGAAGCUUCUUCUUAAUGUUUGGUUAGAAUCUCCUUUCUUGUAACUUGAAGCCACUGAAAACAAGUUUGCUCCCUCUUCCAUGUAACAGCCCUCUAGAUACUGGUAGAGGGCUUUCCUAUCUCCUCUCCUCUUAUCCAGGCUAAACACACCCAACUCCCUCAACUGUUGCUCAUAAGUCCUAGUUUCCAGACCCUUGAUCAUCCUUCAGAAGUUGUUGGGACCCACAACUCUUAUCAGCCCGAGACAGCAAAAAAAUGGUAGUCAGGGAUGAUCGGAGCUGUAGUCCAUAGAACCAUAGGUUAGGCACCAUUUAAUGAUAAAGAAAUGAUGGGGAAAUGUUCCCAAUGUCAUCUUCCGCCCACCAGGCCACAUUGUCCUUUCAUCUCCCUUCAGUUUUCAGCUCCCAUAUCCCGAGAAGAGGGGCCUGUCCCCUGGGCGUGUUCUGUAAAACUCAAGUGUUCUUGGAUGAUGAUUAUAUAGCACCACCAGUCUUGCUAUCAGAAUCCCCCUGGGCCUUGUGGCUAAGGGCAAAUCCACAGCAUACACUUAAAGCACAUCACUUCCCCAAAGAAUCUUGAGCCCUGUCGUUUGUUAUGGGUACUGUGACUUGUAGUCCUGUGAGUGGGAAACUGUGGUUCCCAGGCUUCUUUGGGAAGGUGCUUUAGAUGUAUGGUGCAGUUCUGCCCUAAGUUGGGAGUAGCCAACAUGAUGCCCUCAAAGAUGCUGUUGGACUACAGGUCCCAUCACCAUUGACAAGGCUAUGCUGUCUAGGGCUGAUGGGAGUUGUAGUCCAGCAACACCUGCAGAGCGCCAUGUUGGCUGUUUUUGGUUUAAGUGUUAUAUCAGAAGAAGCAUCCCCAAACACAAGGGUCAGGAUCCACACCACCUGCGAAGGUGUCCCACUAGAGCAUGGGGUGCCCUCCAGACAUUUUGGACUAAAGCUCCCUGCCAGUUUGGCCAAUGGUUGGGGUUGAUGGAUCUGAAAUCUCUGGAGGACACCAGGUUGGGGAAGGCUAUGCAGUGGUUACUGGAACAAACUCUGCAAAGGAUGUUUCGGAUAUUAGUAAGAGAAAGGCUUUUUGUCCCAAGCUUAGUGCUAAGGUGGGAUUUGCAUUAACAAAAGAGAAUGAUGGAGCACCUCCUAAUAAGACUUGUUUGCCUUCUUCCCCAGCUGAGUUUAGCAUCUGGACGCGGGAGGCUGGGGCUGGUGGCCUCUCCAUUGCUGUGGAGGGCCCCAGUAAGGCAGAGAUUGCUUUUGAAGACCGGAAAGAUGGUUCAUGUGGUGUUUCCUACAUUGUGCAAGAACCUGGUAAGUGGUCAUGGGUGCUGCAUGGAGAAGAUGGCUGCAUGGGCUGAGGGUUUUUAACAGGAGAUUUAAAGAAGGGAAGGCAUGGAUGCAGGAGGGAAGGGGGGUGUUCUGUGUGCCUGAGAGGGUGAGGUGGGGCAAUUUUGCCAGCUGCAGCAGAUGCAUGAGGAUUAGGGAAUACUUAGUGAGAGAUCAAAAUGUUGGGCUCUGCCAUCUCCAGCUUUCAGUGUUGGCCUUCAGCUUUAGGAGAAGAGGCCGCCAAGAUGAGGGGUGUGUGGACUGAAAACAGGCUUUAUCAGCACUACAGGGUGAAGGACUAGGUUCUCUCCACCAAAAGAGGGGAUGUUUGGUGUCAGGGCAAAACGGCCUUUUCUGGGGCAGGUCCCUGGUUCUGGAAUCCCCUCCCUAGGGAGGCUAGACUGGCCCUGUCCUUGAUGGUUUCCAGGGGGAAGUGGCCACCGUUUUUAUUACAUCCGACAUUUAAUUCGAUGUUGAAGGGUUUAACUCUUUUCUUCUUGGUUUUCAAUAUUGUGUUCCAAUUCCAUUACUGAGUGGGGUAGCCAACAUGGUGCUCUCCAGAUGUUGCUGGACCACAGCUCCCAUCAUCCCUGACCUUUGGCUAUGCUCCCUAGGGCUGAUGGGAGUUGUAGUCCGGCAGCUUCUGGAGAACCCCCGCCGCUGCCAUCAUGGCUACCCUCACUCUUGGCAUUUGCACUGGCUUUCAUACUUUUCCCCCUUGUAAACCAAGCUUGUGGAAUGGCCCUUGUUUCAGUUGAGAGGUGGUAUACAAAUGUGGUGUUAAACGGAUGUAGAUAGCUCCCAAUUUAACUGAAUCUGAGGGGAGGGGUGUGUGAAGGUAGUAGAGAACGCAAGAGCCAAGAAGGGCAGCCUUACACAUCACUGUGGAGAGGUGAUCUAAAAACAAUCCAUCUAGGUUUUCAAUGGCCAGGUCAAAGGCCUGGAGAUUGCAAGGCUUCCGGCUGUUUCUAGGCAGAGGGAUAGGAGCCAGAAGACACAGGUAUUAGAGAGAAAGAGAAUAUGGCUGGUGUAAGGCUCAGUGGAGGGAGAUCCCUGCUGCUCUUUGCUCCACAGGUUGUAGAUCUGCCUUAAGCAAUAAUAAAGUAAGGAUCUUGUUCCAACAUCCGAUUCAAAGAAUCAUAUGUUGAGCACAAGGCAGAUGGAAGUUGUAUGUUGCAACUCGGAAGCCGAGGUCUGGUCCAACGGGUGGCGGCUGGAGAAGCUCCAGAGGCAGGCCUCCCUCCCUCUCUGCAGAGCUUGUUCUAGCUCCUUCUCUUGGGAACGGCUCCCAUAAGCCACUCAGGGAAUCUGCAGGCAGCCAACUUCUGGAAUCCAAGAGGCAUCGUGUUGCCAACUACCUGGAAUGGAUCCAGUGCUCUAAAGAGCUUUCUGUUUGCUAAUGAGGCUGGCAGAUCUUUGGAAGCGGCCAUCUGGAACGCAAGCUGGGUAAUUGGCUGCCCCACAGUUUGCAAGUAGGGGAGGGAAUCUCAGCUAGAUCUCAAAUGCUUUUUAUUGAAGGUGGGGAGGGGAGGGCUGCUUUCAACAGAUUGUAUUUGGGAGAUGCAUUAUUAUAACCUCCAUCCUUAUCAAACAGAAUGUAUUAAUUAAGGAUUGGGGCUUGAGGUAGUAUGGUGUUUUAGAAGAACUUCUACAUGCUAGAGGUGUGAAUUUUGAAGUCUACUAAAAACUUUUAAGAUACAGAAAGCAUCACUCAAAAUGUUUUUGGAGCAUCUCUCACUCCCAUUUUUGGCAGUUCAGUUGUUGAAAUAUGUAAUUUCACGAAAACUGUUAAAUAUGAAAUGCAACUUCAUGCUGACAUUACCCAAAUAGUAAAUAUGUGGUAAUUGUUCCAUAUGGGGACCCAUCUGCACGUCAAACUGAUAAUUUGAUAGAAAAUACAAUAAUUACAAACAUCAUUAAAUUAAAAAAUCAUUCAAUUAAAAUUGGCAGUGGCAACAUCUAAUAUUUCUUUUUACAUUCUAUUAACUAAAUGCAGACUGAAUAAUAAUAAUAAAGAAAUCUUCAGAGUGUUUCCUUAAAAAUAAUCGGUGAUGUAGCCGUAUGUAUUUGCAAAGAUGUGCAUGGCCACUGCUGAAAAGCCCCCAAUACCUGCCAGCCUGAUGCAGAGCAAGGCUUCAGGUGCUGAUCUCAUGCUCAAACAAGAAAAAACUCCCCAUGCCUGGAUUUCCAGUCACCCAUUGACUGAGCCUUUUGGAUAAGCAUCCUUAAUUCCUCUUCCUUCCUCUUUGCUUGCAGGAGACUACGAGGUUUCUGUGAAGUUCAAUGAUGAGCACAUCCCAGACAGUCCCUUUGUGGUACCUGCCACCUCCACCUCAGAUGAUGCCCGUCGACUCACUGUUUCUAGUCUUCAGGUGAGGCACUGGGAGAAACCGCCCAUUUGCUCCCCCUGCUGGCUGGAUUGAGUUGGCACUGUUGCUCUCCUGGGCUGGCUGUUCCUUGAUCCAAGAGACUUGGAUCCUGAAAGUGGGGCGGGAGGAGACGCAGAUUGGGGCGAGGGUGUGCUCCCAAUCUGUACUGAUCUGGGGGUGUGGUGUGGCUGAGGUUUUUGCCAAGAUAAGGUGAUUAAACAACUUAGGACAAGAUGGGUGCAGGGGUUGGACUCUUGUGGUCCCUUCCAACCCCACAAUUUUAUGAUUCUGUGGGUGCCUUGUGCCAGCCUUGGGACAGCCACUGUGUCAGCCCUGCUGGCCAUCUAGGGAUCUGCUCUGGGGUUUUUCUCGUGUCUCGUUUAAAGGCUGCUAACAGUCCCCGGCUCCUUUUGGCUGCUGGGGCUUAAAGAUGGAGAGCUUCCCUGGCCCAUGCCUCUGCCAAUCUUGCUGCCAUCCUUUUGAAAACUGCCAGCCUCCCUCUUUCAGGGUACUAGCCUAACAAAUCCUCCCCUGUUGCUGCUUGCCUGCCUGCCUCUUGCACUGCGGCCCAGUUUCCUGGGGCAGCUCUCCCUCUCUAAGCCACCUGGCUCUCAGGUAAGUGAUCUUCUGCCUUGUCCUCAAGGGGGUGAGGAGGGGGGGGUUGUGGUAGCCGAAGCUUGAUGCCAUUGCCCGCUCUGUCCUUUCUGCUGCCUAACGUGCUGUGUGCUUCCAGGAGUCAGGGUUAAAGGUGAACCAGCCAGCCUCGUUUGCCAUCAGCUUGAACGGGGCCAAAGGUGUGAUUGAUGCCAAGGUGCACAGCCCCUCGGGGGCCCUAGAAGAGUGCCAUGUCACAGAAAUUGACGAAGGUAAGGAGGGCCUGGCAGAGCAGGGUCAGGCUUGCUGUACAGUGGAUGACCCACCCCCUUCCCUCCCAAAGGUAGAGCUGUUGGGUCCUUUUCUCUUUUGACAGUGGAAUGGACUCCCUCGGGAAGUGGUGGAUUCUCCUUCCUUGGAGAAUUUUAAGCAGAGGUUGGGUAGCCGCCUGCCUUGGAUGCUUUGGUCGAGAUUCCUGCAUUGCAGGGGGUUGGACGAGACUAGAUCACCCUUGGGAUCCCUUCCAAAUCUACAGUUCUAUUAUUCCUUUCUAAAAUGAACUCCUAGCAACUGUAACAGGGGAGGGCAGGCAUCUGAUGGUGUAGAGCAGGUGUGGGAAACUUGUGGCCCCUCCAAGUGGUGUUGGACUGACAUUUCCCAUCAGCUCCAGCAAGUUUGGAUUGUAAUUCCAAAAUAAUUGAGGCCCACAACAGGUUCCUUGGGCUUGAGAUUUUUCUGUGUGUGGUUGGCCUCUUUCCCGUUGAGGUGAUAUAAGGUCCAAGCAGAUCCAAUGGGUUUAUUAAAGAAUGAUCUGCUUAGACGUUGUGAACCUCCCUGGGAUCUUUUGAUAACGGGGGUGGUGGUGGUAUAUAAGUCUAAUAUAUAAAUAAAAUAGAUGCUUUGCAGUUGGAGGCAGAGUCAUUAUUUAAUUAUGUUGGAAGAUGGGUCAUUCACAUCCAGGACACCCACACCCACACACCCAAGUAUUCAGCUUCCAUUUCUGUAACAGCAACCCAUGCAUUGCGUAAAAAUCUCAGCGGUUGUUUCUGGGACUGAGUGAUGUUGAGCUGGGAGGUGUUGGCAUCCUCCUUACUCUGCCCCCUCCCAACUUCAAACUGCUUUUCUCAGGUUCUCAGCUAAAUUUUUCUCAGCGUAGACCCAUUGAAAUUGUUUUGACCCUGCCUUUUAAAAACAUGGAUGUGUUUUAGAUUUUUCUGUUUUGUUUUAUGCUGAUUUUUGUGUGAAUGUUAUGUGAUUGAUGUGAUAAGCCACUUUGAGUUGCUUUUGUAAAAACAGUAACUAAUAAUUGGUGAUUCAAAGUGACUUAUCACUCCAUUAGGUUCCUUGAUUUCAGUAGGCAUACUCUGAGUACAGCUUAUUUGACUACUACGCCGUACAACUAAGAAUAGGUGUGGUAACAAAAAAAAAGGCUGUCUGGAGGUGGGGGUUGAUCCCAGUUCCCAGUUGCCGAUUCAGUUGGCAAUGCAGAAGAGGAAAUGGGAGGGGCAGAAACAUGCCCAAGGCCAACAAAAAGACAAAUUUUAAGCGCCCAGUCGCUUCCUGCUGGCUUGAGGACUCUCCCAGCACGGUUCUCUUCAUGGAAUUGUGAGUGGAAGUGGGCAGGGUGUGUCUUAAGCUGUGCAGGACAGAAAAAAGCAACACCCCUUCUCUCCUGCUGCUGUCUCGACUCAGGUUGUGGGUUAGCAAUUGCUGCUCACGAGCCACCCCCCUAGAGUGCCCAUUUUGCCAAGUUACUUUACUUAGGAGGUCACAGCCCUGUUGCUGCAAAGGCCAGAGCUCGUGCAGUUCUCUGUGCAGGCUGCUGUGUCAAAAUGCUGCUGUGUCUGCACUGCUGGUUUCCUGUAUUGGCAUCUGCUGUGUUGGUGGUGGCGAUGAUGGCAUGCGAGUCCCCAUGGGCAGCUUCCUGCCACCUGGCUUGUGAGCCAUCAUGCCAGCCCACAAUCUCCUGCCUGGUGUGACUCCACACUUUGAGGCAAGGCUGCAGACUUUUGAAUAAGUUGCAAAAAUUAGGCCAAGCUCUAUUGUGGUUCAAGAUAAAUAGAUGUGCAGCUCAUCUAUGAAAUUGUGAAGGUGGGUCCAUAAUAUUCAGUUCCCCAAAUCUGGACCUAUUUAGGGUGCUCAGUAAGAUUCAGGGGCAGAUUAGGGCUGUUUCUGUAGAGCAGAGCUUUCCAAGCUGUGUGUUGCAUGAACUCUCCCUGCACUCCUUCCAGGGUGGAAAGGGGUUAGUUUAAUCUCUGGUUUGCUAGUAAAACUGAAUUCCUGUGUCGUGAAAUGAUGCAUGUCUAAAAAGUGUGUACCAACAUGAAAUGUUUGGAAAGCUCUGCUGUAACAGCAUACAAAGUAAGACUGGCAAGGGCUGAAAUAGCCAAGGUGUUUCAUUUGCAAAUAAAAGCAAGGCGGUCUAAACUGCAAAAUUGUGCUUUGUUAUGUAACCUGUAGCUGCAGAUGUGUGUUUAGAGUAAGAAACAGGGUACCUUUGGGAGCUUUAAAAACUAUUAGUAACCGUCACACUCGUGUGUAUUGUACCCCUAUCUGGAUCAGGACCCAUGUGCUUAUUUUUACUAGAGAAGGAAGCAGACACAGAACUACAGGCUACAUGUGAGGAGCUUGGCCUUGGGAAUAUUCUCUUCUAGAGAAAAGGGCAGGUGAGGGGAGUGGAAAUGCUCCCCAUAGCCACUUCCCCUUUGCUUCUCCCAGCCAAGCGCAUUUUGGUUUUGGCGUGCCCACUGGCAAAUGCCUUUUGCUCUAAACCAAGUUCCACUUCAAGUGUGCUUUUUUAAAACCAGAGCUUACCCCAACAGGUCUCUAUCUGGCUUUUAGCUCUUGAUCUUAAGCAGUUAAGUCAGCCCCAGCUAGCAGGCCGAUGAUGAGGGAUGAUGGGAGAGGUAGUCCAACAACAUCUGGAGGGCCCCAGGUUUACUGAGCUACCAUUAGCCUGUGUCAUUCAUGCUGGCUGAAUUUGCUGGAUAUAUUUUAGUAUAUAGGGGUCAUCUCCACUAAAUUGUCUACUUCCUUGUGCUUCUCUUCUGGGAUCUAUUCUGUGGUACGUGUGUGUGUGUGUGCGCGCGCACACACACACACACACACACGACUUCUCAGAGCCAAUGACAACUGCUGGAAGGCUGCUUACACCUGCCUGUUCUUCCUCCUCUCACCUUUCCCACAGACAAAUACGCUGUGCGUUUCAUCCCCCGUGAGAAUGGUAUCUACUCUGUUGACGUCAAGUUCAAUGGCAGCCACAUUCCCGGCAGUCCCUUCAAGAUCCGUGUUGGGGAGCUGGGCCAAGCUGGGGACCCAGGGAUGGUGUCUGCCUACGGUCCUGGCUUAGAAGGUGGCAUGACAGGUAAUAAGAGAGCCUAGAGGAAGGGAGGGGGGAGGGAUGAGAGGCUGCCCAGAGCCUUGAAGAGAAGCUGCCGCCUCUUGCUCUUCUCCCCUGCAGGAAGCCCUGCUGAGUUCAUAGUCAACACCACAAAUGCUGGGCCUGGGGCACUGGCCGUCACCAUUGAUGGUCCCUCUAAGGUGAAGAUGGACUGCCAAGAGUGCCCAGAGGGCUACAAGGUCAUCUACACACCCAUGGCACCUGGCAGCUACCUCAUCUCCAUUAAAUAUGGUGGCCCGUACCACAUUGCUGGCAGCCCCUUCAAGGCCAAAAUCACAGGUAAGAGCCUGGGCUGGGAGGCAGAGAGAAGCCUGGCUUAGGCAAGAAGGUGUCCAACUUUUUAAGGGCUUUGCCAUCACUCCAGACUAUGGACCAUAUCUGAGGACACACGAGUAGCAUUGUAACCUUCAUGUUGUAGCAGAGACUGCAACCUUAACAUAGAUCGGCCUACCCCAAUUGCCCUCCAGAAGCUGGGUGACAACUCCCACCAACCCUGCCAACUGGCCAUGUUGGCAGAGGCUGAUGGGAGUUGGAGUGCAACGGCAUCUGGAGGGCACCAGGAUGAUGAAGGCCAAUUUUGAUGGUAAUUUCGGGAAGGGGAGGCAAAGAGGGUGUUCCCAGAUACAGCCUUACGCUCCUCGCACCUGUGUAAUCGUCCUUCCUUUUCCUUGACAGGGGCCCGUCUCGUCCCCAGCCACAGCCUCCACGAGACUUCCUCGGUCUUCAUGGAUGGAGUGGCCAAACAUGAUGGAGCAGCCCCCAAGUUUGCCUCUGAUGCCAGCAAGGUGGUUGCCAAGGGCCUGGGCCUCAACAAGGGCUUUGUGGGGCAGAAGAACUCUUUCACUGUCGAUUGCAGCAAAGCAGGUGGGUGUAGAUUUGUUGGCAGGUGGGGACGGGAAGAAAGGCACACAACUGCAAGGUUUUGGUCACUGCGGUUAGAAGCUUUGGAAAGCUAAUUUGGACACUGACCAGGUGAUGGUCUGGGUGGGUUUGCUUAUGGGGUCAGAUGAGUGUUUCGAAUUGAAAUGUAUGGUUGGCCCCAUCCUAGCUGAGGAGCUUGAUGUGGGAAAUGAUGGAUGGACAAGUCAUAUAACUUGGAAGUGUAUUUUAAAACAAAACACCACCACAAAUAGCAAGGAUAAGCUACCUAGCCUAGACCAAAUAAGGUUGCACAGUAGCUCCUAAAAUAAAUUGGGAUUCAGGAUCUUCUUCAAGGGUGGCCUCCCAGAGACACAACAGGGUGCUCAGAGGCAAAGCCUGAGGUGCCAGAACUUGAGGCCCAAAGUUGGCAACUCUAGUGAGGCCAUUAAUUGGCAACCUGUGCAGGGGGUGGGGGGAAGGAUGGGGACUGGAGAGGGUCUGAAGGAGAACAAAGGGACAAAAAAAAGUAAGCUGUUUGCUUACUUGCAUGUUUGGACCAGUUUCCCCCAAUACUGGUGCCCUCCAGCUGCUUUCAACAACAAUCUCAUCAGCCCCAGUCAGCAGUAAAUCACCUGCAGGGCUCAAGAUUGGGGGAGGCUGGUCUAGAAAUGGAAGGAGAGAAGAGUGGGGAGGGAUAAUUGAGUUAGUGAGACAUUUGGAGCGAAACACCUUUUUGCCUCUCUUGUAUACUUAAAUAUUAGGUCUUUCAACGGAUUAGCUCUUCCCGACCUAAAUAUUACAGCAUGCAUCACUUUUGACUGGACCCCCCCUCCCGCCCCUUGCUCUUUCCGCAGGGAACAACAUGCUGCUGGUGGGGGUGCAUGGCCCCAAGACCCCCUGCGAGGAGAUUGUGGUGAAGCACCUGGGCAACCGGCUCUACAACGUCACCUACCUGCUCAAGGACAGAGGGGAUUAUGUGCUGGUGGUGAAGUGGGGAGAGGAGCACAUCCCUGGCAGCCCCUUCCAUGUCUCCGUGCCUUAAUCCUCCCCCCACCCCACCCCCGAUUAUAACACUGCCCCUCUUGAGCCCUCUUUGUAAUGCCACUACCCCAACCCGCCCACCUGAGACGCUGCCUCUUAAACUUCCUUGGCAGGCUUUGUGCCAGUGUGGGUGGGGAAAGGGAGCAAGUCGCCCUUGGGAUGGGGGGGGCGGAUUCCUGUGGAUCUGUUUACAUGCAGCACUAACUCUUUUCAACCAGUUUUGUCAGUGAUUUCCCCCCUUCCCCACCCUUUUUUGGAGGGGAGGAGUGUUGAGGGGCAGGUUUGAUUUUGCUUUUCUUGCCAAAGCACUGGCUUCGUGCCCAUGGACUGAAUUUUGUGCCUCCCUCCCUGAGUUUGCCAGGAAGGCGUCCUUCCUGCCUCAAAAACAGGCACCUGGUACCACAUACCUGUAUCGGUGCCAUCCACUGCUUGAGAGAACAAAACAAAGCAAAAACCACUGCACCCGAUGGAACUGCAGGCGGCCGGUCCCUUUUCUCUCUAGAUUUUCACUUUCCCUUCUUCGGCUUGAGAUGGAAGCUCCAUUGAUACACAGAUAAGUGGCGGGAGCUGCUGUUGUGCCUCUCCUUGCUUUGCCAGUUUAUAACCAAAAAUCUUGUUUUAAUCCUUCCAAGUCUUAAGUUGUUGUUUGUUGUUGUUAUUGUUGUUGUGCACAACUGCCGGUCUCCUUUCUUUUGAGGAGGGAAGGGAAUAAAAGUUCUGCUUCAAAUGGCU